AUGAACAAGAGUACAAAGCCGAUGGGUGUGAGGGUUCUAAGAAAUGCUUUGGAGAUUAUCCAGUUAAUGACUGGAGAUGUAAGUUUGGCUGUGUUAUCACAUUAUCUGUCUCUUCACUCCAGACACAAUUCAUGGAUCCUGAAUUUUCUAUUUAAUUCACAGGCAUUACUGUUGUACUCCCAGAAUAACUAUUCCUUAUCCAGGGCAAUUGUCCCAAUUUAGGAGACGACUUAAUCCCAUUCACAGAGAAGUUUAUAUCUUGAUAUAAUAGGGUGUCUUUAAUUAGCUUUGUAUGCCUGAUCCCUUUUAGUCUGUAAAACGUUAAGGCAUAUAUCUUACACUGAGGUCUGAUAUUGUCUUCUUUUUUUUUAUAUUUUGUAGGAAUAUAUCAUUGUGAAUAAGAAAUUCCAAUGUAAGUGCAUUGACUUGCUGACUAGCGAGGUAAGUGCUUCUAGACUUCUAUAAUUUUGUUAAAUCGCACGCUUUAUCUCAUUAGCUGCUUUUCAUAGGCUUCAAACUACCUCACGUGCUGGCUAGUAUUUUACAAUAUUCACAUGUGCCAUCAUUAUGUCUGAAACGGUCCCGUGUUCACUGGUGAUAUACAAUACAGAAUUAUGCUAAAUUAGAGCACAGAUAAAAUGCAGACCACACUAGGGCUUACCUAUAAGGUAGCACUUGUUCUUAAUAUAACUGGGCAUUUUGUUUCUUCCAGAUUCCUUUAAAAUAUAAAGAUAUUGCAGUUUUCUUCUCUGUGGAGGAAUGGGAGUAUAUAAAACGACACAAAGACCUAUCUCAAGAUGUAAUGAUGGAUAAUCACCUUUACAUCGGCACUUCUGGACCUGACAUUAAUAUUCUCACAGGUUCCUUUACAUUUUUUAUCUUAGUAAUUGUUUGUAAAAUCGAGUUUUGCUAAAGAUUUUCUAGAACAGGAAUGCAUUGCUUCCUUGUGAGGCAAAACUAUUGUGUAUCAGACUGUGCAAUAAAGGAUGUUUAAAAAAUUAGAUUUCUCUUUUCAGGAAGUGUGUAGGGAGUAUUUUUAAAUCACAAGCAGGGAGGUGUGACUAUGACUGCAUUAAGAAAGCAAUUCAACUCCUAAAUGGCAGAUAAUUGAGCAGUGAGACUGAAGUGGCACGAUCUAUAUACCAAAAACACUUAAUUAAGCUAAAUUAGUUUUUUGUGCUUAGAGUGUCCCAUUAAAUUGUUUUAUUGUAAAUUACAGGUCUUCCCAUCUCAAUCUCAUGUAAGCUCAACCUCCAGGAGGAAGAUGGGAUUAAUGAAAAGGAUGCAUGUCUUGAACGGACAUCAAGGUGCACAAGUGAGUAAACUAAAAGCUGGUUUACCUAGAGUUAAUGGUCAUAAUAAAAACUGAGAUCAUUCCUGAAAAAGGAAAAAAACUGUUUUGCACAUAUUUGAUGUAUGUAAUCUUUUCAUGGCUCUAGAUUAAUUAUUUCACGUAAUAUCAUGACAAUCCUGGUGCAUUGUCCAGAAUGGGUGAAGUAUGCUAUACCCUAAAAUGUAAGGUGCUGCCACUAAAACAAGUUUAAUACAUAUGAAAUGGUCCCCACAGGUGAGAAGGAUUUGGCAAGAGAGUAUAUGAAAGAGACACAUGUAAAGGAUACAGAGGUGCAGAAGAUAUUUGAGAAUUCCAGCUCAGGUGAGGAAGUGAUUUUGUUAUUCCAGCCCAGGUAAGGAAGUGAUUUUGUUAUUCCAGCUCAGGUGAGGAAGUGAUUUUGUUAUUCCAGCCCAGGUGAGGAAGUGAUUUUGUUAUUCCAGCUCAGGUGAGGAAGUGAUUUUGUUAUUCCAGCCCAGGUGAGGAAGUGAUUUUGUUAUUCCAGCUCAGGUGAGGAAGUGAUUUUGUUAUUCCAGCCCAGGUGAGGAAGUGAUUUUGUUAUUCCAGCCCAGGUGAGGAAGUGAUUUUGUUAUUCCAGCCCAGGUGAGGAAGUGAUUUUGUUAUUCCAGCUCAGGUGAGGAAGUCAUUUUGUUAUUCCAGCCCAGGUGAGGAAGUGAUUUUGUUAUUCCAGCCCAGGUGAGGAAGUGAUUUUGUUAUUCCAGCCCAGGUGAGGAAGUGAUUUUGUUAUUCCAGCCCAGGUGAGGAAGUGAUUUUGUUAUUCCAGCCCAGGUGAGGAAGUGAUUUUGUUAUUCCAGCCCAGGUGAGGAAGUGAUUUUGUUAUUCCAGCCCAGGUGAGGAAGUGAUUUUGUUAUUCCAGCCCAGGUGAGGAAGUGAUUUUGUUAUUCCAGCCCAGGUGAGGAAGUGAUUUUGUUAUUCCAGCCCAGGUGAGGAAGUGAUUUUGUUAUUCCAGCUCAGGUGAGGAAGUGAUUUUGUUAUUCCAGCCCAGGUGAGGAAGUGAUUUUGUUAUUCCAGCCCAGGUGAGGAAGUGAUUUUGUUAUUCCAGCCCAGGUGAGGAAGUGAUUUUGUUAUUCCAGCCCAGGUGAGGAAGUGAUUUUGUUAUUCCAGCUCAGGUGAGGAAGUGAUUUUGUUAUUCCAGCCCAGGUGAGGAAGUGAUUUUGUUAUUCCAGCCCAGGUGAGGAAGUCCAGAGGUUUUGUUAUUCCAGCUCAGGUGAGGAAGUGAUUUUGUUAUUCCAGAUUUUGUUAUUCCAGGUGAGGAAGUGAUUUUGUUAUUCCAGCCCAGGUGAGGAAGAUUUUGUUAUUUUCCAUUCCAGCUCAGGUGAGGAAGUGAUUUUGUUAUUCCAGCCCAGGUGAGGAAGUGAUUUUGUUAUUCCAGCCCAGGUGAGGAAGUGAUUUUGUUAUUCCAGCCCAGGUGAGGAAGUGAUUUUGUUAUUCCAGCUCAGGUGAGGAAGUGAUUUUGUUAUUCCAGCCCAGGUGAGGAAGUGAUUUUGUUAUUCCAGCCCAGGUGAGGAAGUGAUUUUGUUAUUCCAGCCCAGGUGAGGAAGUGAUUUUGUUAUUCCAGCCCAGGUGAGGAAGUGAUUUUGUUAUUCCAGCCCAGGUGAGGAAGUGAUUUUGUUAUUCCAGCCCAGGUGAGGAAGUGAUUUUGUUAUUCCAGCCCAGGUGAGGAAGUGAUUUUGUUAUUCCAGCCCAGGUGAGGAAGUGAUUUUGUUAAGGUGAUUUUGUUAUUCCAGCUCAGGUAAGGAAGUGAUUUUGUUAUUCCAGCUCAGGUAAGGAAGUGAUUUUGUUAUUCCAGCCCAGGUAAGGAAGUGAUUUUGUUAUUCCAGCCCAGGUGAGGAAGUGAUUUUGUUAUUCCAGCUCAGGUAAGGAAGUGAUUUUGUUAUUCCAGCCCAGGUAAGGAAGUGAUUUUGUUAUUCCAGCUCAGGUGAGGAAGUGAUUUUGUUAUUCCAGCUCAGGUGAGGAAAUUAUCUGGAGAUCGAUUGGCUUAUAGAUGUCUCCAGAAUUUCAGAUGUCUUUUUUCCUCUAAUACACACGUUUAUAGUUGUUUGAGGGAAAAGUGUUACUAAAAUAAACCAAAUUGGCAAAAAUCUUGCUCCUCAUUAGCCUCCUUUCCAGAUAGUGGAUUGUAUGCAUGUUCACGUGUAUAUCUUUUGGCUGAUGUAUUAAUUCAUAAUUUUUUUUUCCCAUUUCAUCAGAUGAUUCCCCGGUCAAAGUUGAAAAUGAUGCGGCCAAACGUGGAUCUGAGACACUGGCCUGUUUACCGGAUAAGCUAGUGGAAGGUGAUACUGGAGACAAAAAGACCUGUUCACCACAAUGCUCAGUAGAACAUGGCUCUACUAUGUUUUCUGAGUUUAAAAGAGAAUCUCACAUGUCAUGUUCUUCAGAUGGAAUCACCAUAGAGGAUACAAGUAAAUGUCAUGAGUUUCAGGGAGAACAUGACUUAGCCACAAGUCCCUCAGGUCAGACAGUGGAACAUGAUAACACUGCAUUUCAUAAGAUCCAAAGGAGUUCCCACACAGAAGCCCUUUCUUUGAGUCACCUAGAGGAAGAAAGUACUUGCACGUUUAGAAGAUGUAAGCAAGGGCAAUACUUGGGAGCUUGUUCAUGGGAGAAGACAACGGAGUAUGGUAAUGACCGAUUCCAUGGGUUUGAAGGAAAACCCAAUAGAACUGCGCGUUUGUCAGAGAAUAAUGUGAAAAAUUGUACAAGUAAACUUGAAAGGGAUUAUGGAGGACAGUCUUCUAACCAUCCACCCUCUACAUCAAUUUCAAGUUCUAAUCAGACUUGUCUUUCAGACGACACAUUUCUCGGUGACUGCCAGGAUUUGGAUUACGACAUCAAGAAAGUUAAGAUUGAAGACAAUACAACCAUUGAAGAAUGGUUCAACCAAGACUCUUCCCAUACAGAUCAGCAAGCAGCCUCUAGUAAAAGGUCUUUUCAUGUAUGUGAAGUAUGUGGGAAGAGUUUUCCAUACAAAUAUCACCUUAUUGUCCAUCAGCGCAUACACACCGGAGAGAAGGCACCUAAAUGUAAUGAAUGCGGCAAGAUAUUUAGCUAUAAAUCCAGUCUCCAGAGACACCAGAGAACUCACACUGGGGAGAAGGUCCCGAGGUGCAGUGUGUGCGGCAAACACUUCACAUACCAAUCCAGUCUUGUUCGCCAUCAGAGGACUCACACUGGCGAGAAGUCCUUUACAUGCAAUGUAUGUGGCAAAAAGUUUGUUUCAAACUUUAACAUGGUUGUUCAUCAACGAAAACACACUGGAGAGAAACCGUAUGGAUGCAAGGUUUGUGGAAAACACUUUGCCCAUAAAUCCGCUUAUAAUCAGCAUCAGAAACGUCACGAGAGGGAUGGCUCCUGAAUCUGGAAGAAGUUUAAUUAUUAGUCCAAGGGCUCUGUGAAACAGAUUUAAACAGUGUUUGUCUUUUCUGCAGUAUUUUAUGCUGACUAUAUACCUUCCUGAAUAGCAUUAGAGGUAGGGUCAGAAGAAACUCAGGGUGCUUUCGUGCCACGGGGUGCUGCUUUUACUGGUAGCUAGUGCCCAUUUGUUUGUUUACACUGGCUGUGUCUGCUGUAUAUGGGGUAGGAAAGGCUAAUCUUGGCAGUUAGAAAGCAGAGUAGUCUCUGAAAAAUAGCUCAUAAACAUCUGCAUCUCCCAGAUUAGCCACAACUAACAGCAUACAUCAUCAGAGUUCCUGUCCUAUUGUGUUUUACACCCCACCUCCUGUAGACUGUAAACACGUUUGAGCAGGGUCCUCUUCAACCUAUCGUUCCAGUAAGUUUUCUUGUAAUUGUCCUAUUUAUAGUUAACUCCUACCUCUCAUAAUAUUGUAAAGCGCUACGGAAUCUGUUGGCGCUAUAUAAAUGGCGAUGAAAAUAAUUAUGGUAGCAUUCGUGCAUUGCAUAUAGAGAGCUUUGGGGGUGCUCUAGUAUACAGACUGGAAAUUCAUCAGAGGAUGUUUGGAAUUGGCAUUUCUAAACUUUCUGUGAAAUCAAAUUACACUCAAUGGAUAAUCUGCCUGAAUUAAAUGGUUGCUGUUUAUGCUGUGUUUGUCUGUUGUUUCUUUACUAAUUGAACAAAACUACUACAUAUAUUGAGUGUUUACAGGAACACUAUAGUGGUAGGAAUUCAGUGUUUGUCCAUAUCUUUAGUAGUUCACCCCCCCCAUUUGCAAAAAAUAUUAAUAAAGUCUUACCUUUUUCCAACAUUGAGGCUCCCUCAGUGCUGCUCACAUCUCUGCCACCCGCAACGUCAGGAAGGAAGCAUGGUUUUCUUCAGCCAUGGUCCAAGCCAAUGCCCCAGUGUUUUACAUUGCAGGGUUGAUAGGACAGGACCAGUGCACCCAGACCACUUCAUUGGCCCUUAUUAGAAUACAAUUUAAGUCACCGUCAGGGAUUUGUGUUUGCUGUGUUUAGUAAUAACUCGUGUUGUGGUACAACAGAAUAUCUUGGGCAGGAAUCCACACUGAUCCUGUGUUGCUCAGUGGGUGGAUUCUAUGGAGCUUGUUGUCUGCAACCCUUGUACCUCUCCCUCCGAUCUGGUGUUAUCUAAGACACUCAGAAGUUCUGGAUCACAAGAGAGGGAUAAAUGGUCUGCUGCCUUGCUCUAGGAGAGAGGCAUUCUAAUCCUGCGAUACCUGUGCAAAGGGUAGAAUAUGGUUGGUUCGUCUGACUGAAAUCCGACUGAGAAUUCUGGAAAUUAAUAUGGACAGGAAACCGCAGCUUUUUAACCCAGAUAAAGGUCAGUUAACAUGGGCUAACAUAUCAAAGUUGUGUAUUAUCCAGUGACUGCAGAGGGGUUGGGCUUUGGUUACCAGGGAGAGAGAAUCUUUUUGUCAAACCCAGAAACCAGGAGAACAGCACCCAAACGCUGCUAGCACCAUAAAUACUACAAAACUCUGCUGAUUAAGUUACUUUGAGUACUCCUUUAGGUUGUGGUAUUUGUUGCUGUGGAAUGUUUUGAAGCCAUAUGAAGAAUAAUUUUCCUUUUCAAAUGUAAUUACUGUAUGUCUUGUUUCCAGGGCCAGAUUAAGAGCCCAGCUGACAAUUAUGAGGGGCCUAAGUGCAGAAUCUUAUCGACCAAAAACACUAAAACAGUCAUACCUCUCAAGCGUUAUGUGUCCAGUGGAGAUUUUGCCUGAGGGAAACUCUUAGGAUGCAGCUAUAAGAAAACUCAGAUUCUCUUAAAAUGUGCUAAUCUCUCUCUAAUUCAUGCUUUCAUCUUUCAAGUAAAUCCAUACACCCUAACAGCAGUGUCCAGUGAAGCAGGAAGUCAAUGGGCGGUGUAAAAGGGUGUGCCACUGACGCGGAUCAUGUAACCAGAACUUCAGAAAGGGACAAACAUGCCCAAAAAGGAGGCGUGUCUGCCCAAAGAAUUGGAAGGCUAGCCUGGUGUGAAUGCAUGUCAGGCUGCCUGCAAAUCAUGCAUGCUGGCCAACAGCAUCCUGAGCUUGGCAUAAAUGCGUCUAAUGAUGCGCUCGCUCCAUGCUUUCUAAGGACUGUCCCCUAACACUCACAUGUCCACUUGUCUCCUUGCCUUCUUACUAGCAGGCAGAAGCUCCUGGUAUACAGUCUGAGACAGAGAAAAGCUGUAUGUAGUGAGUGUAGAAGAAAGGGAACAUGCCACAGUGUUAGAGAGACCAAAGUCAGCAUUACCUUAACUAAUUUCAUUUCAGCUAGUCCACACAAAUUUUGUUUCCAUAUAUCCCUCUUCAGUUUCCAUAUAUAAGGAAGAGUAGUUAGGGUUGCCAACUUUUUUGGAAAAAAAAAUACAGACCUUACUAAUUUGCAGAACUAAUUAUGUAUGCGUCACAUCAAAUGUUGUAAAUGACAAGUUAAAUAAAAAUUAAAUUCACCAUUUUAAAAAUAAAAUUCUGUAAAAUCACCAAAAACUACUUACAGUUUUAUUCUGCUGUAUAGAUGAAUUGCGCCCAGUGUCUGUGUCUCCAUGUCACUAGGGGACACAGACACUAGGAGACUUGAAGACACUGAGACUAUGUAUCACAGUGUCUCAGUGCCCCAUGUCUCCCAGUGUCCCCUAGCGUCUGUGUCCCCGUGUCACUGGGAGACAUGGGCACACAGACACUUGUGUAACUAUGCCUCCUAGUAUCCAUAAUAGGUAAUGGAACUGCAUUCAAACCCUCCCAGGAAUCCUUGGGUGCUAAACGGAUCGGUCCCAGUACCAAAAAGGACCAAAUGUAGAAAAUAAUCCAGGCACUCCAAAAAGUCUUCCAGAAUUAGGCAAUUUUUAUUGGACCCAAGCACCAACAAACAUUUCGACCCUAAGGUCUUUGUCAAGCUACUAAACACAUACACAGCAAGCAAUAUAUAGGGGUAUACAUAAUUAACAAAUACCAAAAACAUGUGACAUAAGAUUAGGAUACAACAAGAUUGAUUAACUUAAUUACUUCAUUAACCAUAUAGUCCCCUAGUGGUCAUUAUCCAUCCUCCAUCAUACCUUAUCUAAUUCUUUGUCCAACACAUCAGGACUGUCAACUCUCACAGGGCAAUAUAAACCGUUAAUGAGAAAAUUAAAGGAAUCAAUAAAGCAAAUUCCAAUCGAAAAUAGCUUAAAUUUAUACAUACACUGAUUUUAGGAUGCCGGUAUGAAUUAAUUCCUUGUAUUUCCGGGUUGGUCACAUGGUAUCCAUCAUGUGAUCCUAUCUAACGUAUUGGGGCACAUUACAUGGUGGGUCACAUGAUAAUGUCCAAAUGGACUAUACCUAAUGCACACACGCCGUGUUUUUCUUACACGAUCAUACUUUCAAAUCAUCAUUUAAGUCUGGGCCCCACCUGGGACACAUGCGUCACAAAGCGCAUGCGUAAUACAACUCUUUACUAUUCAAUCAACCACCAAUCUGUAAUAGUGUUGCAAAUUGUCUCGUCCUAAGUUACAAGACACUUAAAGUGAUACUACCAUCACCUGAAUAAUAAUAGUUAUGCCUCAUAUACAUUGACCCUGCACAUUGCUAAAUAAUACAAUACAAUACAAUAAUACAACAUUUGAUUAUAGUUAUAUACACAUCCUGUAAGCAAAAAUGACAGCCUAGGUGUUGGACAACUGGAAGGUGGAUCUAAACAAUGUUAUCAUUGGUGUCUAACCUAUAUUAAAUUUACAAUAUAUUCCUAUUGCAAACAUCAAUAUUUUAUCAUUGUUUUUCACAUAAUUCAAUCAUUCAGUCUUCUCCUUUAUACUUUAUUCAUCAAAAAGUGUAUACACAAUUGAACAGCAGUAAUAUAUCAAUUGUUGUGAAUCUCAUAACUCGAAAAAUAGUGAAAAUCAUAAAGUGCAUAUUUGUACAAAUAUUUAUAAAGAGACAGGCAUGUGUUCAGUAUCUAUAAGUAUUACAAUAAAGAUCAAUCUAAAUUUCAUAAGUGAUAGACAUUUAGUGCAAAAAUGUGUUGAGCAUAAUCUUAUACCAUAAUUAUUACUAUCAGUGUAAUUAUAAGUUGAAUGUACUUUAAGAAUGUACUUAAAGAGUCCUAUUUUGAUGGAUAAACAAAGAUCUCAUUCGAAUAUAAAUGUAGCUCGAGAUAAAUUACAAGCAACUAGAGGAAAAAUAUCUUAAAUUUAUAUUGACAAAGAAGACAUUCAAUGUGGGUUCAUUUGAAAUAUAUAGAAUGUUGAAUAUAUAAUAUGAUAUUGAGUGUAUAAUUUUAAGUAUAUAAUUUUACAAAAGGUAACUUUAAAGAGAUUUAAAUUUGAAGUUACCUUUUGUAAAAUUAUAUACUCUAUAUAUUAUAUUAUUCAAAAUUCUAUAUCGUGUAAUAACACGGCGCAUGCGCAGGGUUGCGCGGGGGCAUUAGGUAUAGUCCAUUUGGACAUUAUCAUGUGACCCACCAUGUAAUGUGCCCCAAUACAUUAGAUUGGAUCACAUGAUGGAUACCAUGUGACCGACCCGUAAAUACAAGGAAUUAAUUCGUACCGGCAUCCUAAAAUCAGUGUAUGUAUCAAUUUAAGCUGUUUUCGAUUGGAAUUAGCUUUUUUGAUUCCUUUAAUUUUCUCAUUAACGGUUUAUAUUGCCCUGUGAGAGUUGACAGUCCUGAUGUGUUGGAUAAACAAUUGGAUAAGGUAUGAUGGCGGAUGGAUAAUGAUCACUAGGGGACUAUAUGGUUAAUGAAGUAAUUAAGUUAAUCAAUCUUGUUGUGUCCUAAUCUUAUUAUGUCACAUGUUUUUGGUAUUUGUUAAUUAUGUAUACCCCUAUAUAUUGCUUGCUGUGUAUGUGUUUAGUUGCUUGACAAAGACCUUAGGGUCGAAACGUUGUUUUUUGGUGCUUGGGUCCAAUAAAAAUUGCCUAAUUCUGGAAGACUUUUUGGAGUGCCUGGAUUAUUUUCUACUAUGUCUCCUACUGUCCCCAAAUGUGUCUGUGUUCCCAUGUCUCCCAGCAUCCCCUAGUGUCUGUGUUCCCAGGUCUCAAUGUCCCCAUGUGUGUCUGUGUCCCUAAGUAUCUCAGCGUACCCAGAGGUCUCCCUGUAUCCCCAUGUCUCACAGUGCCCCCAUGUUUCCCUGCAGCCUUUACCCCACCCCUCACUUCCCUGAGCUAUAGGCUGUCUCUGCAGGCUGGGAACUGCUGUCUGGACUCUCUGUGCAGUGUAACUGCUCCCCGCGGAUCAGUGAGUAGAGAGAUGCAGGUAUAUACUGUAACUUCCUAUCCCUGCCUCUCUCCACACACACAGUGAUCCCUACUGGCCGGUGCUGGUAUUGCAGAGUAAUCUCUGUUUAUGCUGAGAAAAAUACCGUCAUUUGUAUUGCCGGUAUUACUGCAAUAUCGGCACCAACCAGGCAGCCUCAAAUAAAUACCGGCUAUGUGGUUUUUAAUCGAUGGGACUUGCAUGGGCCUGGAGCUGUAGCUCCAUCAGCCCCUAUGUUAAACUAGCCCUGCAUGUUGCAUAGUCAACCUUUAUAUAGUCCUUGACACAAUAAUCACUACAAUACAGAAUCCUUGGGAGAGACUCUCACAGUUUAAGUCAAACCAUAUUUAUGUAGUAGGACAAAAAACAAACAGAAUUCUUCUGAAGCCUGGACCUUCUGCUGUAGCUCAUUCAAAUUUUGGUGGCAAUGUUUAGAGGAGAGAUUAAUGCAGAAGAUUACUUUCGCAAUAACAGAGCUGCAGUGUGUAUGUCUGUGAGUGAGUGUGUUUGUCUGUCAGUGAGUGUGUGUGUAGCUGUUAGUGUGUGUCUGUGAGUGAGUGAAUGUGUGUGUAUGUCAGGGUGUGUCCAAUCAGUGAGGAUGUUUGUGGCAAUGUGUGUCUUUCAGUGAGUGUAUGUGUAUCUGAGUGUGUGUGUAUGUCAGGGUUGUUUAAUUAAACAGUGUGUGUGUGCACCAAUGACUGUGUAGGUCAGUGCAUGUGUUAAUGAGGGCGUGUGUCAGCCAUAAAAAUGGCCUUGACACAAAGUGGUGGUGCAAAUUUAGAUUAGGGGGGUGCCUGAAUUUAGUCUUGCCUUGGGCAGCAAAAACAGGAUACACCACUGUAUACACCACAAUACCAGCAAACAGAGGUGUUCAAAUAGGCUUUGGUGUAAGAUAGCAAAUGGUUGGUUAUGAAUGCCAGUACUGUUAUGUGGAUACACUAUAAUAAAUAAAGUAUUGCUUAAAUGUUUGGGCCAACUGUUUUAGCAACAUCAGUGGGAUAAUGCAAAAUUUUCAAACACUGAUGGAAGAAUGCAAACAGUAAAAAAAAACAAAUGAGAAUAUGGUACAAAAAUACACAUUCACAGCUGUCAGGAUCCUUUACUCUGAUCUGGGUCAUUUUAGAUGCCAUUUAAUAACUUUUUAAAAUUGUUUGUUAGAUAAACAUUUUGUGUGGUUCUGCUCUAUUUAUUGCAAGGAAGCAGCUCGAGACUUCCAGUACCUUCAUAUUUAAAUGACAAGUUUAAAAUUAAGCACGUUAAAAGGUCAUUUGUUCGGUUAUAUGAAAACACGUAAGCUAUAAAGAAUUAGAAAUUACACUAUAUAAUGCAUUAGAUUUUAAUAAGGAAACAUGGCUUCUUCAAACCUGUUUUUAGCAUUCUCUCUCAUUCUGACACUCUUCUCAAAAACAGAAUGUGGGACUUGACCGCUCUACACUCUUUCCUUGCUCCCUAGGUAAGGUCUUUUUCUGUCCUUUACAUCGCUAUUAAUUCAAUAUUAUUGCAAUGAGAAAAUGAUAUGCUGCUGUUAUACUGUGUUGUACUGUGUACUGCUAUUGUUUCCUACUGGUAUUACACACCUUUUAUACGUUAAACUUUUAAUAAAAUCUGCACGGGGAAAAAAAAAACCUUUAACCUAAAUCUUAGAUAAAAUAAAUACAAUUUAUUAAAUAUUGUAUUCAGUGAAUACUGUAUAACCUACUAUAAAACAAGCACGCAAGGCUCAGACAUGCAGCAAAUUAUUGUGUUUCAUUGCGUGGCAUCACGGACUUCAUGUCUACAUGUUGUUUUUUAAUUUCCAUCAAGUACCCCUACAAGCAUUCACAAACAGCUGUUGUGGGUUAAAAUAAUGGAGGUGGGUGACAUUGUAAAAUCCAGACAGUUGGGGCAGAUGAAAUCUUAAGCGGUAGGACGCACUGACCCAACAGCUGGAGUUUGUCAAACCCUGCCUUGAUAUAUAAUUUGUGUGAUUUUGCUGGAUUUCAUACAACCAAACACUUUGUAUUAACAGCAGCACUUUUAAUUAGAUCCCUAAAUUGGAACCUGAACAAUGAAUCUGCUUUUAUACCGUUUGGGUUUCCAGGAGAUUAUAAGUUAGGAAAUAUUCCACAUCCCAUGAAAUUUAGAGCUUUCUUUCACAUGACGUUUCAUAUGUUGAUUAAAAGCAGAUUUAUGGGCAAAGUUUCGGCCACAGACCUUGCACUGGUAUGGUUUCUCCCCCGUGUGUUUCCUCUGAUGGACAACAAGGUUAAAUUUGCAGGCAAAUAGUUUGCCACAUUCAUUGCACAUAAAUGAUUUCUCCCCAGUGUGAGUCCUCUGAUGCCUUAGAAGUAUGGAUUUGUAAGUAAACCGUUUUCCGCACAGAGAGCAAGCAUGCGGAGUCCUUCUUUGAACUGUUGCUGGCUGAUCUGGAUAAACCAUCAUUUGGUUGAACAAUCUAUCGGAGCUUAUCAUGUCCUCCUCAUUUAUUUCUUUUGUAUUAUAGUUGGCAUAACAGUGGUCAUGAGCAAAUUCUGUAUUUUCUAUUUGUCUUUCAGGUUCAGACUGAUUUGACCUCAAAGAUGAUAACUGACUUCCUACUGUGUAUGACACUGAUUCAUUAGGUGGGCACACACUUGAGUUUUCUUUGUGAUAUUGAGUAAACAUAAAAUUGUCAUUUUCUACUGGCUGGUGCCAUAAUUCCGUGUAUGAUGGCUCUUUAAAUCCAAAUGGUACACUGCUACCAUUUUGUACUGUCCGCAGUGAUGAACAAGUAAGUGUGUAAGGUUCCACUUUGUACUUGGAACGUGUUCGAGUUUCACGCUGCAUUUUCCAAUCUGAGGAAGAAGUCGAUGCGUAAGAAACUAAUUUGGGUUUGCAGAGUGCAACAGUAUCACCAUGCACUGUCCUAUUUGAUGAAAAAGUUGACGUGUAUGGUUUUGCUUUCAACUUGCACCUUGAACCAAUAGCCCGUUGUACAGGGUGUGCCAAUGAAAAAGCCGACGUGUAAGGGACCGAUUUAGAAUUGCAAGGUGCACCACUAUCACCAUGCAGUCUCUGAUCUGAUGGAGAAGCUGAUGAGCAAGGUUCUAAAAGUCUGACAGUAUCACCACCUGCAGCCUGAUCCAAUGUAGAAGCCACUGCAUAGUGUUUUGUUGUGAAUUUGCAAUGUUCUCUACGAUCACCUUCCAACGUGCGAUCUGGUGUGCAGGUGUCUAUGGUAGGCUUUUCUGUGAACUCAUGAAACUUAUCUGUACUAUUCUCCACCAAGUAAUCGGAUGAGCAUUUCGGUGUUUGAUGAUUUCCUUUAAAUGUGUUAAAUUCACAUUCCUCCGAUUUGGAAAACUCUUUGUCAUAUUGGUCAUGAAAUCUGUAUGAACCGUCAUCUACCAGGGGAUCUGAUGAACAGACUGGAGAGGAAGGUUCACAUUUAAACUGGCAAAUUCUAGUGUUUUCACCUUCUACUGCUGGACCCAAUGAACAUGUUUCAGUCUCAGGUUCUCCUUGAAACGUAUUUGUAUCAUCUUCCACUGAUGGACGAGUUGGUGCGCGAGGUUCUUUUUUAAACAAAUCAGUCACACUGCUAUCAUUUUCAAUUAUUUCCUUAAAUGAAGAGUCCUUUAUGGAUGAUUCAUUUUCCCCUUUCUUUCCCUUGUAUGCACCUUUUGAAAAAGACUGCACUGGAAGUAAAGAAAUGAAUUACACGUUACACAAAAUGAAUAAAUUCUAAAUCUGUGUAUAAACUAGUGACGGAUACUUGGAUUUGGGAGCAAACACUAAUGAUGGAUGCUGUUGGCACAUUUCAGAUACUAAGUGAAACCCUCCCCCGAACUACAUAAAAUACAGUUUUACAUCACAUCAAGCCAAUCCACAAGCUUCCCAACCAUCUCAAAACUGUCAAAGAGGUCCAGAAACCAAACGGAGAAUGAUAGUGUAUUAUUAAACAUAACAGAUGGUAAGGUUGAAGACCAGAUUCUCAAACUUACUGUAUCUGUCAGUUUCAGUCUGUCAAAUCAAGUGUUGAAGUAUCUGCAAUGUAUGUAAGGCUGUGGUAUAUGUUAGCCCUAAAUAAGUAAGAAUAAACAUAGCAGUAUAGUUUCUAUAUGUGAUAUACAAAACCCAUAUAGAGUCUUGUAUGCUCUCGUCAAUAAUGAGAAAUAGUUUGUAGAACUGAUAUGGGUUAUUGUUCACAAGAAUAAAUGUGAUAAUGUUAAAGUAACUGAAGCCUAUUCAUAAUUUCCCUUUUUCAUCAUCAAUGUAGAUUACAUCACAGUUGCAAAAAUUUUUCCAUAGUUGGCUAUUGGUCAGAACUAAGAAGUAGAACUAUGAAUGGACUGUCCUCAAUGUUUCUCUCUCGUGAAUAACACAAUUCUGAGUGGCAUAGUGCAGAUUUUUCCCACAGUCUCUCCUUACAAGCUUGUGGAUAACGUGUUCUAGGGCUGAUUCCUCCUCCCCUGCUGGAUUUAUUUCAUACAGAUAAUAAUUUGCUACGACCUAUAACUAUGCAUUUGGUGUAUUUUUUAAUCGAUCAGUAUAGGAAAGACACAAUGUAGCAAAGUGAACUACUGUUCCAAACAUUCUGUAUGUAGGACCCAAACUGGUGACUGUUUUCUGGGACCUCUCCUCCCCCUGUCGACGUCAGCUCCAGAUGCGCUUGCGCGGCAAGAGCCGCACGCGCAUUCAAACUGCCCAUAGGAAAGCAUUACUCAAUGCUUUCCUAUGGACGUCCAGCGUCAUCUCAGGGUGAAUUUCACACUGAGAACUGCGGAAUGUGCCUCUAGUGGCUGUCACUGAGACACCCACUAGAGGCUGGAUUAACCCUCAAUGUAAACAUAGCAGUUUCAGAGAAAUGUUUACAGCUGCAGCGUUAAAACUAGGGGGACCUGGCACCCAGACCACUUCAUUGAGCUGAAGUGGUCUAGGUGCCUAUAGUGGUCCUUAACCCCAUGAUUCCCUUUUAUUCCAGAAGUUUGGUCCUUAAGGGGUUAAAGAAAGCAUUUCCUUUUGCCAAAUAUUAGGUUAUGAGGCUUCCACAGAUUAUAUUUCCCAUAAAACUAAGUAAUUGGUAAAUUUAGGGCUAACAGUUAGGACUGGUCUAGCAGCUUCACUUGCAGAGUCCCAUGAUGACAUCUCCAUAAUGCUGAAUAUUACUCACAUUUUAACAUCUCUGUCUUUCUGUUUAUUUGAUCGGUAUCCUUUUUGUUCAUCCAAUCUACUUCCUGCAUCGCUGCUAGUACUUUACCUAGGUGUAUCAGUGGAAAUACAUAUUAAUUAGAGAGGAAGAAUAAUUUGGUUUGUGUAUGUUUAUACAAGAAACUAUGUGUUUGUUACAGUGCUUAUUGUUAAACUAUAACAGUUGCAAGGUGACGCGGAGGGCAAACAUUUUUUUUAUCUGGAUUUUCCUUCUUCUGGGGCAUACAUUUGCAGUUCCUACUUUUCUUAUCUAUAAUAUUUUGAUUUUGGUUGAAUUUCAGUGAAAUUCCAAUGCAGUAUAUAAAGUACUGUAUUUUCUGGCGUAUAAGAUGACUUUUUAACCCUGGAAAAUCUUCUCUAAAGUCGGGGGUCGUCUUAUACGCCGGGUAUAGGGUCUAUAUGGCUGCCGGGGGUGCUCACUUCCUUUCAGUCCGGCCGGGAACAGGUAACUGAAUCUCCUGUACCACGUGGUACCCGGCUGGACUGACAGGACGAAGAGGAGCUCGGCCACCCAAUCUGCACAGGGAAGGGGAGGUGAGAAGAAUGUAGGGAGGAUUGGGGGAGGGGGAGUAAAAAGAAUGGGGGGGGAGUAAAAGAAUGGAGGGGGGAGUAAAAAGAAUGGAGGAGGGGAUUAAAAAGAAUGGAGGGGGGAGUAAAAAGAAUGGAGGGGGGGAGUAAAAAGAAUAUAUCGCAAUUAGCCUACUGUGUGCUAGACCAGCAGGCAUGGAUUAUAUGCCCAAACAGUCUGGCACAUACCUGGGCUUUAAAUGCUAUUUCAGAUUAUCAUUAUUUAAUGUCUUGCUGUGUAGCUUUGUCUGCUCACUGUACAUCAUGGCUAAUUUUUAUUUGGUGUGCAUUGGAAGAGGGGUAGUCUUAUACGGCGAGUAUAUCCCAAACUCUAUAUUUUAACUGGAAAAGUUGGGGGUCGUCUUAUACACCCAGUCGUCUUAUAUGCCGGAAAAUACGGUAUUUUUUUUUUCAGUUCUAUAUUUAUGAAAAAUUUGGAAAGAGAAGGGACAGGUUCACUUUAAAAGACUUCACUUUCUUUAAAGAGCUCAUUGCUUGUAACCUGAUGGUUUACAUCAACGGACAACAAAAUGUACGAUAAGUCAAAUACAAAAAUCUGAGCAUCGAUAUGGCAACGUGAGCCUGCUGUGUAAAUGGAAACAUCACGUGAAAGAGUAAACUCAAACCAUCUAAAAUAACUUUAUGGUAGAUGAUGUCAACUCCACCAUACCAGGCCUGAUCUUCCACGGAAAGGGGCAGAGAAAAAGAGUAGAACUGGCAAUCUACAAUAGGAGAAGCAAUCUGAUAUUUCUUUUGAUGGUUAAAUAUUUUACUAGAUAUCAGCAUACAAUUAAAACUAAAAUGUAUUAUUUCUUUUCAACUGCCCUGACCUACCCGUGCACACUUUAAAAUAGACAUGACACUAAUACGGUUAAAGGACCACUAUAGUGCCAGGAAAACAUACUCGUUUUCCUGGCACUAUAGUGCCCUGAGGGUGCCCCCACCCUCAGGGACCCCCUCCCGCCCGGCUCUGGAAGGGGGGUAGCUGAGCUCUCCUCCUCUCUCGCCUCGAUUCGCCCGCCCGACUGAAUCGCCUUACCUUGACAAGGAAACUUCUUAGCCGCAUUCAGCGGUCUCCUUAGGAAAAGCAUUUACAAUGCUUUCCUUUGGAGCCACUGGCGUGCUCUCACUGUGAUUUUCACGGUGAGAAACGCAUAUAGCAAAAUGGCUGUCAAUGAGACAGCCACUAGAGGAUUAGGGGAAGGCUUAACCCAUUCAUAAUUAUAGCAGUUUCUCUGAAACUGCUAUAAUUAUGAAAAAAUGGGUUAACCCUAGAAGGACCUGGCACCCAGACCACUUCGUUAAGCUGAAGUGGUCUGGGUGCCUAGAGUGGUCCUUUAAAACCAGUGGGUAAUUUUUUUGUUCAAGAUAUUAAUUUGUAAAAAUUAUUCAGAAUAUUUCUCACCUGUUAAAAGCUCAGGAUUUAAUGGGUCUUCUUCUUUAUCACUAUCAUUCAUCCCAUCUUCCUCUAAAUUACUGACUGUAUCUAGUUUUCCAUCAGCUGGGACUAGUAAUAACAGUAGACUAUUAGGCAUGCUUUGAUUUACAUAAUACACUUUUUAUGAAAUUAAGUGUUUCAGUUUCUUCCUGCCCAAUCUAUUCUCCACCCUGCUUUAUCCCAACAUACAGGAUACACAUGUUAAUGUGUGCAAAGGUUUACGUGCAAAUACAUGAUGUAUAGAUCUACAUGUAAAUAGAACGAGAGGGCUCUGAUUGAUGGAAUGUCUUCUAGGUCAGGCAGUGGUCUGCCUGCGGAACUUAACUUUUUUAACUUUAAAGUUCUGCAAUGUAUCUGUUUCCUAAUAUAUUAUCUAUUUAAUAUAUACGCAUUUAAUUAAGUCAAUUUCUGUCUACUGUGUGCCUUUAAUAUUUUGUGUCAGGUCAUACAGCACGGCAUGUUUGCAGAUCUGUUUCAGAGAAUCUAGCACUUUAUUACCUAAAUAUUAUGGAAUGAUUCAGCUCUAGGUGCUGGCUGAUUUAACAUUAUGCAUUAUGUAAAAUGUAGUUUGAGCUCAAAAUUGUGGAUUUAUUUUGUUCUUAAAUUCUAAAACCAAUAAUUAAAUAAAAUAAAUGUAAGAUGAAAGUACCUGAGUUUCUGUUUAAUGAAUGGCCAAAAGGACUAAGGGUUUUUGGCCUCUUUGUCACCACAUCCUUAUAAUUGUCCAUGUGUCCUUCUAUAUAUUCCCAUUCUUCCACAGAGAAGAAUACUGCAAUAUCGUCACAUAUUACAGGCACCUGAAACACAGAAUUCUGUUUAGUGUGACUUGUGGAAAUAGAAGUGCAAGGAGACUUAAUUGGCAUGUGGACACUAUAUAAAAGACUGCCAGCAAACAAUGUGACUUAGGGGUGGCCUUUUAAUGAGCUUACAGCUGCUUCUUGCUAGAAGCGGUCAUAUCACAUGGAAAGCCAAUCCCACACGGGGCUUCUGCAAGAAACACAAAGCCAGGGGCACAAAAUAGUUUCAUCAUAUUUAGAGGUUAGUAAGGUACACCCAGCUCCUAAUUAAAUGAUACGAGAAACUUUGAAACUUCACUUAUCCAGAAAUCAUUGCUUAGAACACUAAACAUCACAUUGCUCUUUUUCCUCCAUUCGUUCUGUUUCUUGCCUUCACUAUAUUUAGUGAUGGAAAAAGACAGAGUUUUAAACAACAUGGAGGCCUCAAUUUUUGAGACAGAUGUGUGGAUUUCUACAUUUAAUUUGAUUAUUCUGACUUCACAAACUCCUAUGUGUCAACAAAAUGGGAUAGGUAAACCUUAUAGUAAAAAUCCAGGGAAGUGACAAUUUAUCUUUAAGGCGAACAUAACAGAAUAUGUAAUAAAGCAUAUACCACUGCAGGGCCAAUGUCUGCCAUUUAUGUGUAGCACUGGGAUGUUCUAGCAGAUCUGGCCGUGAGUAGUCUCAUUCAUGGAAGAAAACAAAAACAAAAAACAAUGCAUGUCUUUAGCGAAUGAAAGUUCUUACAGCGGGGGUUUGCCAGAUGCUGUACAGCUUUUAAAUGAAACUAUGAGCACACAAAUCACUUUGGCUCAAUGAAGGUCUUGGUACACUGGCCCUGACGUUUCGCUCCUGCAUUGUAAAACAUUGCUGUUUUGGAGAUAUGGAGAAAGUUCACAUAGAGCUACACUUCCCCCCUGACAGCCACUAGAUGGCGAUUCUGCGUCCAGAACAGAGUUACAUUCGAGUCUUCGUGUCUGAUGUCCUCAUACGUAGGGUGACAAGAUCCACCAUGUUUAUCGGGACACAUAAAAUGUUGUCACAUUUAUACAAAUGCAUGAAAACGGUUGCCCUGCAGUAUGUAUAAUGCAUAUUCUGCAAGAUUCUUCAUUGACUCAUUGCUUAAUCUAAUACACCUUCCUCUAAUACACCUUCCUUCUGCCGGACUACCCUUUUUUAUGUGCUGCCCAUCAAUAUGUAUGUAUGAUAUGUGUCCUAGAAAACGUGGUGGAAAUGGUCUCCUUGCUCAUACAAUAAUUGUAUAAUAUAAUAAAAAUAUAAAAAAAAAAAAAAGUAAUUUUAUAUAACAGCUUUAUAAUAGUACUGAAUCCAUAUCCCUAAAGUGUUUGAUCAGUUACGAGAACAUUUGAAGAAACACAUACAGAACAGUAACAGUGCUAUUGGGAGCCCGUCAGAAAUCUCACCUCUCCAGCCAGAAGGUGAAUGUUGCUGUGGAGAGAUUUCUUCUUCACGAUAACGUAUUCCUGCACAGUGAGAGAACAGCAUUUUCAAUGUCAGUGCAAGAAACAGAUUUGUUAAACAUGUGCACCUAUACACCUCUCACACUAGGCAAAUUACAGCAUAUUCACUGAGCCUGGGAGUCCCUUUAAGACCAAUGUCAUUAGGAUACGCGGAGUCUCACUUACAUCUCCAGUCAUCAGAUAGAUUAUGUCAAGGGCAUUUUUUAGGACCGCUUCGCUCACCAGCUUCUUCCUGUUCAUUAUUACUCUAUAAUACGGAUCACCUAGGAGGACAGAAACAAUGUCACAAGCAGAAAUGCACAGGGUAACGUCUGAGCCAUAACUAAACAAGGUUUAACAAUUCCUCGUAGAGAGCCUUUCUCUGUACCUUCUAUUUCAUAUUGGCCAAAUUUUCCUCUAGAUAACCAUUUGACUCUACAUCUUCGUUUUCAUCAAUUACAUCCCCUCUGGAACUUCAAAUACCAUAUUAUCAUUUUGUAUCACCGACAUAACUCCUAACAGGUGUAACUUAAGAAGGUCUCCAGGAUGAAGAUCGCGGGGGCUGUGAGGGACAGUUUCAGGUAAGUAUCCCAUGGCCACCAAAUACUAAUCAGAGAUGUCACCUUCGAGAUUACUACGAUCACUUUUUAUUAAAGAGCUCUGGCCAUCCAUUGUUUUUAGCAGCAGAGAGUAUUGUAGUUCUCAAGUGGAAAAGUCAUGUAGUUCCUACUUACCAGCAAUUGCUGGCAAAACACCACAAUAACUGAAUGUACAAACUGAUGUUUGAGUUUACAAAGACUCGGUAAACCAAUGGGUGCAGAAGACAUGGCUCUGCUGGAGACAUACUGUCUGUAGAUAUGGUUCCACACAUAAUUCCUAGAUCCCUUCAAGAUAUGCAGGAGCCUAAUUAAAGGCUGUUAUCCUGACAAAUUGUUACUGUUAAAAGGGACACUAUAGGCUUUCAGACUACUUCAUCUCAAUGGUCUGGGUGCCAUGCCCCUGUCUAUUUAAUCUUGCAACUGAAAGAAUUGCACUUUUGCAGGAUCAGUAAUGUUUUUAUUGCAGGGCAAACACUCCUCAAGAAGACGGCCAAUAGAGGUGCCUCAAUGCCGGAGCUAUUACAAAAAUAAACUCAGUUAUAGCUCAAAUAACUCUCACUGAGAAUCCCUGAAGGCGCAAAGCAAGUUGAAAAUGUGAUCGAUUUGCAGAAUUUUAAAAAAGUAUGGCUUACAUCUGCAAUUCGUUUCUCCAAAAUUCCCUGUUUAGGGAAUAUUUCUGACAAUGAAAACAGUGUAUUGCAAUAAGCAGAAACCCAAAUUUCAAAAUUUAGUCUAAAAUGGCUACUGUGUCUACACAGGAUUUGGAAGAUUUGUUUUUUUCCUCACAUCAGCCCUUUUCUGCCUAAAUUUUGCAGUUGUUGUCAUUGACCACCAUUCACUCUUUAGUGAAUCCCCCUGUGAAUGAGUCUUGUGGUCAGAGAGCUGCAUGCACAAGUUUAUAUAAAUCAUUAUAAUAAGUUUAUUUUACAGAUACAAUUGUCAGCAACUGCCUGUAAACAUCUAACUCUGUUUGUAGCAGUCUGGCUUUCCCAGCUGGGCUUGUAAAAUGCUUCCCAUACUGUACAAUUUAAUUAAAGGAACACUAUAGUCACCUAAAUUACUUUAGCUAAAUAAAGCAGUUUUAGUGUAUAGAUCAUCCCCUUGCAAUUUCACUGCUCAAUUCACUGUCAUUUAGGAGUUAAAUCACUUUGUUUCUGUUUAUGCAGCCCUAGCCACACCUCCCCUGGCUAUGAUUGACAGAGCCUGUAUGAAAAAAAAAAAACUGGUUUCACUUUCAAACAGAUGUAAUUUACCUUAAAUAAUUGUAUCUCAAUCUCUAAAUUGAAGUUUAAAGGACCACUCUAGGCACCCAGACCACUUCAGCUUAAUGAAGUGGUCUGGGUGCCAGGUCCUUCUAGGGUUAACCCAUUUUUUUUAUAAACAUAGCAGUUUCAGAGAAACUGCUAUGUUUAUGAAUGGGUUAAGCCUUUCCCCUAAUCCUCUAGUGGCUGUCUCAUUGACAGCCACUAGAGGCGCUUGCGUGCUUCUCACUGUGAUUUUCACAGUGAGAGCACGCCAGCGUCCAUAGGAAAGCAUUAUGAAUGUUUUCCUAUGUGACCGGCUGAAUGCGCGCGCAGCUCUUGCCGCGCGUGCGCAUUCAGCCGACGGGGAGGAGAGAAGGAGGAUCGGAGGAGGAGAGCUCUCCGCCCAGCGCUGGAAAAAGGUAAGUUUUUACCCCUUUCCCCUUCCAGAGCCGGGCGGGAGGGGGUCCCUGAGGGUGGGGGCACCCUCAGGGCACUAUAGUGCCAGGAAAACGAGUAUGUUUUCCUGGCACUAUAGUGGUCCUUUAACCCCUUAAGGACACAUGACAUGUGUGACAUGUCAUGAUUCCCUUUUAUUCCAGAAGUUUGGUCCUUAAGGGGUUAAUCACAUACAGGAGGCUCUUGCAGGGUCUAGCAAGCUAUUAACAUAGCAGGGGAUAAGAAAAUCUUAAUUAAACAGAACUUGCAAUAAAGAAAGCCUAAAUAGGGCUCUCUUUACAGGAAGUGUUUAUGGAAGGCUGUGCAAGUCACAUGCAGGAGGUGUGACUAGGGUUCAUAAACAAAGGGAUUUAACUCCUAAAUGGCAGAGGAUUGAGCAGUGAGGCUGCAGGGGCAUGUUCUAUACACCAAAACUGCUUCAUUUAGCUAAAGUUGUUCAGGUGACUAUAGUGUCCCUUUAAAUACUAAGAAUAAAACUAUAUUCCCUAUCACAACAUUAUUCCAUGCACUUUCCUUUAAAUACAGUGUAAAUGACGGAGGUAUUGACCCCCAGUGUCACAGAGCUGGCAAUCACUGUGUUUACAUGGGGACAUGGAGCGCACAGUCUGCACCCUGCAGCCUCAGCUACUCACUCCCCAACUUCCUACCUGAGACAGGAGCAGCCAGCCUGUGACACAGGGCGGACAUCUGAUUGGCUGAACGCAGGACCGAGGACAAGGGAUCCUGGAACUUGUGGUUCCAUUGAACAUGCGAGUUAAUACACAGAUGGGGAAAUAAAACUAACUCUCCCACAAUGCUCUGCGGAGUAGUAGUGAUCACGUGAAAUAUCCACCAAUCAGAUCACAAAGCCUGUCACCAUGGCUGAGACUCUGUAGCUACAGUGCUGGUUUACUAAUUAAAUGACAAAGCUGGCUUGAUACACGUUGAAGGUAUUUUUAAUCCCUAACAAAACAUUUUGAAGCUACUUUCUUGGGGGGAAACUGCCGCCCCACUAAUUUUACUAAUGAACCUCCCCCCCGUCUAUGCAGCGUGAAGCUGGUUCUGUGAUCUGAUUGGUGGAUAUUUCACGUGAUCACUACUACUCCGCAGAGCAUUCUGGGAGAGUUAGUUUUAUUUCCCCUCCUGUGAAUUAACUCGCAUGUUCAAUGGAACCACAAGUUCCAGGAUCCCUUGUCCUCGGUCCUGCGUUCAGCCAAUCAGAUGUCCGCCCUGUGUCACAGGCUGGCUGCUCCUGUCUCAGGUAGGAAGUUGGGGAGUGAGUAGCUGAGGCUGCAGGGUGCAGACUGUGCGCUCCAUGUCCCCAUGUAAACACAGUGACUGCCAGCUCUGUGACACUGGGGGUCAAUAACUCCAUCAUUUACUGGGAUACAAUGAUUGAUACUGGGUAAUGCUGGGUAAUAAAAGGCACUCAUAUACCAAUGGGAUAAAUUCAUUAUCUUUACUGUGAUGUUGCUCAUUUAAAGGACCACUCUAGGCACCCAGACCAUUUCAGCUUAAUGAAGUGGUCUGGGUGCCAGGUCCAGCUAGGGUUAACCCUUUCUUUUUAUGAACAUAGCAGUUUCAGAGAAACUGCUAUGUUAAUAAAUGGGUUAAUCCAGCCUCUAGUGGUUGUCUUAUUGACAGCCGCUAGAGGUGCUUCUGCGCUUCUCACUGUGAAAAUCACAGUGAGAAGACGCCAGCGUCCAUAGGAAAGCAUUGAGAAAUGCUUUCCUAUGAACUGGCUGAAUGCGCAUUCAGCCGAUGACGUCGUUAGGAAGGAGGAGGAAAGCUCCCCGCUCGGCGCUGGAGAAAGGUAAGAUUUUAACCCCUUCCUCUCUCCAGAGCCCGGCGGGAGGGGUACCCUGACGGUGUGGGCACCCUCAGGGCACUAUAGUGCCAGGAAAGCGAGUAUGUUUUCCUGGCACUAUAGUGGUCCUUUAACUGUGAAACAAGCUUGUUUCAAACCUAAGAAGCAUAAUAAUUAAUUUUAAAUAAACAAUCCCCUGGCCAUAAAUUACUGUUAUUACUAUAUCAUUUGUUACUGAUAUAGUAAAGAAAGGGUUUGUGUUUGAAAGAAAAGAUUGCCCCAGUGUAACAUACUUUUCAAUAUAAAGUUAUUGCAAGAAGGUAAUAAUAUUAUUAUUAUUAUUAUUAUGAUUUAUUUAAAUUAUGCAGAUGCCAGGCGUGCUACCUAUAGUUUGUAAAUUGAGGGCGUGCAAAUAAAAUCCUAUGACAAAUGCGGUUUGUGCAUCCAAUUAUCUGACCACACAACUAUAAUGUUUGGGGCGUUAUUCAGUAAAGUAGUGUUUGUGGAGAACCGGCUGUGGUAUUUUUUUAAAUUCUAGGCCAAAGUAACCUAAUUGAUUAGUAUUUUAUAAACCAUUUCAAUUGGAUUGACCUUGAAUGAGGUUCCUGGGUACCUGUGGCACUGCCAAUGGUGGAUGUGUGCCUACGAUGGAAUGUAAUUCCACAUUAGCAAUACUAAUACAUACCAGUGAUUGUUGACAUGGCAGUGAUUGGCUGAAAGAACUCGACUGACCCUCUGACCGGAUCACUGCUGCCCAUCGCUGCCCACGCUAAUUUUCAAGCAUUAGCUCUAGCAACAGAGAGCCCCAGGGCUGCAGGAAACUGGGGGCUCUCGAAAACUAUUACACCAGUAAAUAAAUGUUUUAGAAUGGAACAGUGGGAUGGUCCAGGAGAAUUCAGACAUCAUACAGUGUCCCUUUAAUUCUAGAAUAGCUAGGGUGUAAGAUUCUUUUCUUUUGGAUACAAAAUUGUAAAACAGAUACAAUAAACAGUAUAUAGUGUUUUCAUUUCAGUACUCUUUGCUGUUUAGAGAAUAAACCCACAACUGGUGAUACAGAAAGUGCAGAAUAUAAUAUACAUCUGCAUGAGCUUGAUUGUUGGUGUGAAAUAUAAUCUAGCUUUCAGGAAAAUCACAAAAAGGUUUAUACAUUAAACUGGAAAUUAUGGAGAAUCAUUCAUUUUAAAAAAAAAACAAAUAUCGGUCCCAACAUACCCUGUGCAAGCAUGUAAUAUCCAGUAUAUUUAAUUUGCAGCUCUAUAUGGCCCUCCAUUUAUUAAAUGAGUGGACAUUAAAGGGACACUAUAGCAACCAAAACAACUUUAGCUUAAUGGAGCAGUUUUUGUGUAUAGUUAAUUAUUUGCAUUCAUUAUCUAACAUUUUUAUAUAUAAAAUAAUAGUAGUGAGAACAAGCAGGGUAAAGGUGAAGAUGCAAUGACGGUGUUAAAAACAUGGUUGCAUAUUAUACGUGUAUAUCACAACCAAUGACUAUUUAGAAGUUGGCAUAUCUGCCUACCGUCAGGCUCCAUGCACUGAUAAAGUAGAUUAGAGAGAUGCACAGUCAGUUAUCAAAGUUACUACAGACUCUAUUUAAAGGUCAGUCGUUACCCUGUGCAUUUCUGCUUGUGACAUUGUUUCUGUCCUCCUAGGUGAUCCGUAUUACAGGGUAAUAAUGAACAGGCAGAAGCUGGUGAGCGAAGCGGUCCUAAAAAAUGCCCUUGACAUAAUCUAUUUGAUGACCGGAGAUGUAAGUGAGACUCUGAGUAUUCUAAUGACAUAGGCCUUAAGGGACUGAAUCAUGUUAACAAAUGUCUCAACUCCAUGUACUUACCCAGUUUUUUAUCUGUAUAUCAUGUAACUCAUACUGAUAAAUGUGUUGGUUGUUUGUACUGUUUUUUGUUUUUGUUUUUUUUUUAUCAUAGAGUUAAAUCUGCACCCAGACUAUGUAUUUUAAUUUCUUGUAACCCUAUAUUCCUAUCAGGGAAAUUCACUAAAUCAGGUUUUUGUGGAAUUCUUACCCCAGUUCAGCUAUUUAAAGGACCACUAUAGGCACCCAGACCACUUCAGCUUAAUGAAGUGGUCUGGGUGCCAAGUCCAUCUAGGAUUAACCCUGCCUGCUGUAAACAUAGCAGUUUCAGAGAAACUGCUAUGUUUACCUAUGGGUUAAUCCAGCCUCUAGUGGUUGUCUCAUUGACAGCCGCUAGAGGCGCUUCCGCGAUUCUCACUGUGAUUUUCACAGUGAGAAGACGCCAGCGUCCAUAGGAAAGCAUUGAGAAUGCUUUCCUAUGAGACUGGCUGAAUGCGCGCGCGGCUCUUGUUGCGCAUGCGCAUUCAGCCGAUGACAGUAGAAGAAAGAGAAGAUUCCCCAGCACUGAGGGAGCCCGGCACUGGAAAAAGGUAGGAAUUUAACCCCUUCCUCACCCUAGAGCCCGGCGGGAGGGGGACCCAGAGGGUGAGGGGACGCUCAAGAGAAAUGUUUACACACUCAUGUUUCACAAAGUUCUCCCUUGCAUUAACAUUGGGGAUACUGCUCUGUAUUUUUGCAGGAAUACGUCAUCGUGAAAAAGAAAUCUCUCCAUAGCAACAUUCAUCUUCUGUCUGGAGAGGUGAGACCUAUUGGACUCCAGUAACACUGUUCUGUACAUGUACUGUAUGUAAAUAUUCCAAAUGUUCUCAUAAACUAAUCAUACACUGCUAGAAUGUGGAACUAUUUCUGACUACACCCCGUUCUCAGUGUUACAGAAAGCAUAUGGUUAAUACAGUUCUUUUAUGUUUGGCUCUCAGAGCAAUCUUGUGGUUCCUGUUUGCUUUCAUGUAUAGCUUUUCUGAAGCGCAAUCCAGCAAACUGAUGGCUAGUUUAUUUAGUACAUACAUUUUCUAUUGUUUUGACUGCAAUCAAAGUUUCUAUUAAUGACAAGAAUGUCAACCGAUUUGAAUCUGUCAUUGGAAAUGGUUUCAAGUUAUUUUACUGCAGUUGGACUUUACUUAGAAAGGAACUCCAAGCAAUAUAACCCCUCACAACUCUUUGUUGUGGUUAUGGUGCUAUGCAUGUACACUUGCUACCCCGUCCCCCCUCCCCCACCCCCUCAUCUCUCCUGGCACCUACUGAAUGCCCCCCUUAUCAGUUUACCCUGUACUACACAAAUUACAAUUUCCCAACAUCAAGUGUGAUUCCAUCCAAUCUGGAUGGCAAAGAUUGGAUGUGAGCACUGGGUUGGAUGUCUACGAUUGCUAUAUUUUACCUGACCUAUCUCAUUUGUGUGAUUCUCACAUGAGAUUCUUACAAAGAUCAUUCCAUUUCUCCUACAGCAAUGGCUAACGCUGGCCUUCAGAGUUUUAUGGCUUGUUAAUACUCCUGUGAUGAGAAGUCAGUUUUCUUAUCGGUUUAAAUUCCAUAAGUCACACUAAAUGGGAUUCUGUGUGUGUUUCAGGUGCCUGUAAUAUGUGAUGAUAUUGCAGUCUUCUUUUCCAUGGAGGAAUGGGAAUAUAUAGAAGGACACAAGGACAGAUACAAGGAUGUGGUGACAGUGGGCCCCCAAACUCCUUUUGGCUUUUCAUUGAGCAGAAACUCAGGUAAUUCCUGCUAUCUUGUCAAGUGUGUGUGUGUGUGUGUGUGUGUGUGUGUGUGUGUGUGUAUAUAUAUAUAUAUAUAUAUAUAUAUAUAUAUAUAUAUAUAUAUAUAUAUAUAUAUAUAUAUAUAUAUUUAUAAUUUUUUUUUAUGAUUUAUGAACCAAAUAAUUCCAUAUAUAUGGACUGUAUGUAGACUGUUAAAUCAGCCAACAUAUAAUGAUCUAUGUAUAGAUGGAUUUGUCGAUCCUAUGUAACCAUAUUCUGUUCUUUACAUUUAAAUGCACUACAUGAUGGCCUCUAAUAAUUGUUCAUAUGUGCUAUGGUUAGUGAUCUGCUAUGAUACAGGAAUGCAAGAUCCAGAAUGAUUAAACAUUGACAUUGAAUUUUCAGUAUUGUUAAUGAGUGUGGGCUUAAAGGAAACCAAUUGGCAUACCUUUAUUUUUUUUUUAAAAGCAUUUUGUUUUUAUUUAUUAAAAAAAAAAAAAUGCAACCUGUUUAGAUUGUCUGGAUACAUAGAAAAGGGCGGUUUGCUCACACAAUGGUAUAUAGUGGUUACUAAAUUUAUAUCUGCAAGGUAAAUCAUAAAAAAACAUCAUACGGUAAUAUGUAUAUGCAAAAUAAAAAAUAGAAAGUAACUUGGAGCACUCACAAUAUCUAGAGCCAUGUAAGUCGGCUCUAAACUAUGAUGGCGUGUUCAUACAUCCAAUAUUGGUACUGGAAAAGAUGCAGGUCCCCCAGAAAACUUAGUAAAAAUCCAACACCUAUUUCAGUCGCAGGCGGGAGCUGGAGGUUUCCACAGGCUAUGUUUACUUUAGUGAAUCGAUCUGCCAGAAUUGGUAUUGCGGUUAGGGGAGGGGAAGCUAUACCCCAAUACCAAUUCUGGCAGAUCGACCUGCAUCUUUUCCAGUACCAAUAUUGGAUGUAUGAACACGCCAUCAUAGUUUAGAGCUGACUUACAUGGCUCUAGAUAUUGUGAGUGCUCCAAGUUACUUUCUAUUUUAUAUUUUGCAUAUGCAUAUUACCCUAUGAUGGUUUUUUAUGAUUGUACCUUGCAGAUAUAAAUUCAGUAACCACUAUAUACCAUUGUGUGCGCAAACCGCCCUUUUCUCUGUGUCCAUUCGUUUAUGUGAGUGUUUUUUGUCACAUAACACUGGGGUGUAUUUAGGCACACUGGGAUAUACUAUUUACCUUAUUUUAUACCUCUUAUUAGAUUUUUAGCGCCACUUAUCCAUUUUCUGUAUUUAUCUUGUUUAGAUUAUCUGUCUUAAAAGUUAAUGUGAAAUUAUUGCCCUUUCAAGUAAUUAGGUAACACAUCUUUAAUUUUUUAAUGCAUCGCAAGUCAAGUUCCAAGUUAAGGCAAUAGAAUAGCAAGAAAAUGCUUUAUACACAAGGAAACCCCAGGAUGGGAUGCCAAGUAAAUGAAUAACACUUUCUUUAAGAGCCUCUAUGUUUUUAAUUAUCAGCUAAAGACUAUGUAUCUGGAUGAUAUAAAAAAUACUUGUUGAAUACUCUGGUUGGAAGGCCAACAGUAACGAGGGAUGGAGAGAAGACUAUGUUUUCAUUUUAACAUAUUGAUUCAUAUGUAAAUACCCUUUUUGUCAUCCAGUCUGGAGUAUCUCAGCUGGGUUCCAUUUGAUUAAACCUUGUUCAGAUAAGCUUACAUUCUCAUGGGAGUGUGCAUAUAUCUGAAUUACACACACCUUACAUUCCUAGACAAAUCUAAACAUCAUAAAUCAUUUAUUGUGUAAAUCAAAGCAGGACUGUCUAGUUCUUCUCUGUCAUUAUUAGACGCAUCUCAUGGAAACCUAGAGGAAAAUGGAAUGAAUGAAAGUGACACAGACCAAGAACCAAUGAAUCCAGAGAUCUUCGCAGGUGAGAAAUAUGUAGAAUAAUAAUUGUAUUCACUAACUAGUACUUUGACAGCAUGUGUUGCAUUUAACCCCUUAAGGACACAUGACAUGUGUGACAUGUCAUGAUUCCCUUUUAUUCCAGAAGUUUGAUCCUUAAUGGGUUAAAGGGACACUCCAGGUACCAUAAACUUUAUUGGGUGAGGUAUGUGUCUGGAAAUAGCAAAUCAUGGCAAGGCCAACAUAUUUAUUAACUUGCUUAAAAAGUCAUGUUCUUGUUCAAUUGACCACAGGUCUUGUGACAUUUCUUUGUUUAUAAGAUCUAUGGAGAGAUCUCAUGGUCCUGUAGGAUCUUCCAUAGGCCUCCCAAUUUGCAUUUUCAGCAGCUGAAGAGAAGAAGAUGGUGGCAUGUACGUAUGAGAAGUCCAGCAGUGUAUAUUUUCCCACCCUCUUUUUCUCCCAAUCUCCACAGGGCAGUGGACCUUUAACCUAGGGUGCAAGAAAUACACCCGGGCAAUUAACAGAUUCUGCUUUUAUGAAAACUGAUAGAUAUUUUGCAUGUGACUUAGACAUAAGAAAAAAUUGACCAUGGGAUACAUGUGGAUCGACAUCAAUGGAAGUAACCAAUCUUCACUUCUAAUUAAUAUGCAUUUCUCCUGAAAAUCUAGGUGAAGUAGUAGCGAUCCAAGAAGGAGAAUGGAUGAAUGAAACAGUCACUGACCAAAUAAACUGCAAGUCAGAGAUAUUUGCAGGUGAGUAAUAUUCAGCAUUAUGGAUUCCAUCAUGGAAUUCAGCAUGCCCACUGGCCACUAAUUAUUUAUACAAUGCAAUGGACAAUAGAUUCUGCAGGUGUCUCAUACCUGAUAUUCAGGUACAGGACAUAAUUUUAUUGGACCAGUCUCUUCCCUGGUAGUGGCAUAAUAUAGCUUCACAGAAUAAAGUAACUCUUUUCUCUUUUUUUAUUGUGUAUUGGGGCUGAUGUGUACUAUUAUCAUUGCUGCCGCCCAGAAGUAGUGGGAGUCUGAGCGCAGGACUUAUUUUUGUGUAUUUGCAUUCACUUUUGUAUGGCACAGCCAUGUUACAAUGCUGCCACUGACCCCAUGUGUUCCCUAGUAAGGGUUAAUAAGUAUGUAGGGGUUUAGAAAAUGACCCCUCUCUGUCUCAUGAGAGAUUUGUUUGUUUUACCUGAAGCUGAAGCGAGUACAGUGAAUUGUUUGUGUAGGACUCACCUAAGAAGUUUUGCUUUGAUGUGGCAGGUGGGCUUACAUCUAAUGGCCAUUGGAGUGGUAUUAAAAACCUCCAGUUAUAUAAAUAUGCAUAGGGAGUAAGUAACUCUUUUCUUUAGGUUUUUAUUAUAUGUAUUGGGGCUGAUGUGUACUAUGCUCAUUGCUGCCGUCCAGGAGUAGUAGAAGUCUGAGCGCAGGACUUAUUUUUAUCUAUAAGAAAAAAAGCACCAUAGGAUACAUGUGUAUCGACAUGCACGGAACUAAUUAGUCUUCAAUUCUAAAUAACAUCCUUUUCUCCUGAAAAUCUAGGUGAAGUGCUAGCGAUACAAGAAGGAGAACAGAUGUGUGAGACCAUCACUGGUCAAAUAAACAGCAAGACAGAGACGUUUGCAAGUGAGUAAUAUUCAGCAUCAUGGAAUUCAGCAUGGCCACUGUUCAUAUAUACAAUGCAAUGGGCAACAUGUUCUGCACAACCCUCAUAUCUGAUAUCCAGAUAUGACUUCCCUGGUAGUGGCAUAAGUUAGCUUUGCAGAAUAAGAGAAAAAAAAUUGCAAGAUCGUCCCACAGUGAUGAGAACAAGGCCCCUGGAUGUUUGGCAGUAUCCUAGCGGAAUAAGUGGUAGAUGGCUACUGUAGAAGCAACUGUAACAAAACUAAAAAGAAAGGUAACAAAGAUGGCUAAUAAGUUAUGUACAAUAAUAUCCUAGUCUUAUAAGGCUGUUCCUUUACCUCCCACUACUGUACAAAAAAAUCAAACUACAUGCACACAGCCGGCUUUAUUGUAAGGUUGGUUUGCAGUAUCCUGAGUAAGUGGUAGAUGGCAGUAGAAGCAACUUGUAUCUGAUGCAACCUCUUCCAUCAGGCAUUCAGUCUGCUCAGCUGACCUUCAGAAACUUGUAAAGUGCUUUGAGUCUCACAGGGAGAAAAGCGCAAAUUAUUACAUUAUUAUUAUAUUCAUAUUUAUUCCAUCAUAUUUUCCCCCCUCUAGCUGUAAUAUAAAAAUUGAUAAGAUCUUCACUAAAACAUGCACUUUUUAUUAGGUCAUUCUGGAAGUAUGAAGAGUGGAGCAAAAGCUGGAAAACCAUUACAUAAAAAGCAAUUAAGGAUGACACGUUUCUUUCCAAAUUCAUCUUCUGUGGUAACCUACGGCGCUCCACUUAAAGCUACAGAAACCUUAGAUGGCCGAAGAGAAGGAUCACCGAUGGACGAUCCAUCGGAUCCAUCAACAAGCCAGACACCGAAAAAGAGAAAAUUCAGGGAAGAGUGGUUAAGGGAGCUAACCUGGCUUAAAUAUGAUGCAACAACAGGCAUAGCCAUGUGUGGGGUAUGUGCCGCCUGCCCCAGCAUUGCUGACCAUGGGUCUAAGGUCGUAAAAGGCUUUUCAGGGCCGUUCAAGCUAGAGACAUUUAAAAAACAUGCCAAAUCACGCCUGCAUGAGAAAUGCAUAAAUGCUGAACCUGAUGUUACGUAGGGUAUUUUUUAAUGAGGCUUAUUCUAUUACAAUGACCACAAGGCCCUAUGAAGACUUUCAAGGACUGUUAGAAUUCAGUGGGAAACUGGAGUUUCUGUUGCAAAACUACACAAAUGAAAACAAUGGAAAUAAUUUCUCUCUCACACCACCGCAGCAAAAAAAUAGAUGCCAGAGUACGAACUGAUAUUUAAAGGAACACUAUAGUCACCAAAACAACUUUAGCUUAAUGAAGCAGUUUUGGUGUAUAGGUCAUGCCUCUGGAGUCCCACUGUUAAAUUCUCUGCCAUUUAGGAGUUAAAUCACUUAUUUCUGUUUAUGCAGCCCUAGGCACACCAGCCUGCAUGAAAACAAAAUGGUUUCAUUUUCAAUCAGAUGUAACUUACUUUAGAGUUUAUCCCCUGCUGACCUUUAAUAACAUUAAAGGGUCUACUAGGCUAUAAACCGAGCAAGAGAUAAAUAAUUCUAAAUGACACAGAAUUUGCAAUAAAGGAAGUGUAAACAUUACAUAGCUCUUUACAAGUGUUUAGGAAGGCUGUGCAAGUUUCAUUCGAAUAGGUGUGGUUAGGACUGCAUAAACAAAGUGAUUUAUCUUCUAAAUAGCAGAGAAUUGAGCAGUGAGACUGCAAAGGCAUGAUCUAUACACCAAAAUUGCUUCUUUAAGCUAAAAUAGUUUUUGUAACUAUUUAAAGUGUCCCUUUCAUCACCCUUGGUAAGUUUAUCUGUUGUAAUAGAAUCGAACACUAAGUGUGUUAAAUGGAAAUGACAAUUUGAAGAUUCCAUCUCUGAAUAGAAUUUCAGUUUCAAACCCUUUGUAUGCCUACUAGUCUCAUUUUUCUAUUCACUAUUUCUUUGUGGAAAAUAUAUAAAUAAUACCUGAAAUAUGUAAAAAUGGUCAACAUGCUGCAUAUUCCAUUUUUUUUAAACUGUUGCAUGAUGGUAUUUCAGCUGUCAAUACCAAUCUACAAAACAUGCACCAAAAGUUAUGUAAAAAAAAAAAGUAUAUGUUUUGGAGCUUAUUUGGUGCAUUAGUAUUGUAUCACACUAUGGGGACUUAUUCAAUAAACACCAAAAUGUUGUGAAUCGAAAACUUUGAGGGCAUGCUGAUUUAGAGUUAAAGGACCACUCUAGGCACCCAGACCACUUCAGCUUAAUGAAGUGGUCUGGGUGCCUGGUCCAGCUAGGGUUAACCCAUUUUUUCAUAAACAUAGCAGUUUCAGAAAAACUGCUAUGUUUAUUAAUGGGUUAAGCCUUCCCCCAUUCCCUCUAGUGGCUGUCUCAUUGACAGCCACUAGAGGCGCUUGCGUGCUUCUCACUGUGAUUUUCACAGUGAGAGCACGCAAGCGUCCAUAGGAAAGCAUUAUGAAUGCUUUCCUAUGUGACCGGCUGAAUGCGCGUGGAACGGAGGCGGAGAGGAGGAGGAGAGCUCUCUGCCCAGCGCUGGAAAAAGGUAAGUUUAACCCCUCUUCCCCUUUCCAGAGCCGGGCGGGAGGGGGACCCUGAGGGUGGGGGCACCCUCAGGGCACUAUAGUGCCAGGAAAACGAGUAUGUUUUCCUGGCACUAUAGUGGUCCUUUAAACAACUGGAAGAUCAUUUAACAGCCUUUUUAAAAUUGCAUUUUCCUGAAUUACAAAAUGUGAGUAAAAAUAGCAGAUUUCAAAUAAACUGUCCAUCUCUGCUGUAGUACCAGCUUGGCUACUUAGGUCCUACAUUUGGCAUUCAAUUCACUACACUUUGGUGUAUAGUGAACUAUUAUUUAUAGACUUUUUUUUUUUUACUACAUUAUAUAAAACUUUACAUUUUGAUUUUCGGCUCAUUAUUGUUCUGUGCUUAGUCAACAAACCCCCCAUAGUGUAGAUGUAUAACAGUCAUAAGUGAACGUGUAGUUUGCUUCCAGGCUUUUACAUAUUUGUUUGUCUUUUUUUUUUGUUUUGUUUUUUCUUAGAAACAAACACAAAAAUGUUACAAAAAUAAAAGAAAUGUUAUUAACUCUAUGGGAUUGCUCCCGUAUCCAAAUCACAUUGAUCAAAGAUUGAUCAUAGGUGGACUUUGUAAUAUAUUAAUUGCAUUCAAUGAAUUACAUUAUUAUUUAUAUUGUUAAUAUAUUGCUCAGCACUAGACUAGUUAAAUAAGGAAAUAUUACUUAAAGGGACACUAUAAUCUCAAGAUUAAGCUUAAUGUAGUUGUUCUGGUGAGUAUUUUCAGUCCCUGCAGGAUUUCAGCAAACUCUGUAUUUUACAUUGCUACCCUAGGGACACCUGUAGUGGCCACUCCUCUUAUGGCUACUAGAGGUGCUUCCUGGGGUAGUGCAUUCAGUGUUUCCACCCUGUGCAUGGAGACGCUGAACUUUCCUCAUAGAGAUGCACUGAUUCAAAGCAUCUCUAUGAGGAGAUGCUGAUUGGCCAAGUUGGUGUUUGGCUCUGCCCCCCUGCCCACCUUCUUGGCUGAGAUCAUCACUAUUGACAAUCUUAGCCAAUCCAAUGCUGUCUUCUGAUAAUGUCAGCCAAGAAGGCAAAUCUGUGGCAGAGCCAGCACCAGCAGACUGGAAUAAAGGUAAGGUUUUACUAUACUGCAGGCAGAGUGGCUGUAAAGAGGAAAUUGUCCUAGCAUUGCAUUACAGGUAGAUUUAAAAAAUGUGUAGCUUUUUUUUUUAUAUUGAAACAAGGAGGAGGCCCAUAAUGUAAACAAAAAGAAAUGCAAGACUAUAACAGUAAAAACAAAGUUUGAGUAUUCCUUUAAUUUGGCAAAUUGGUUGCUGUCGUGUAAAAGAUUUAGUUAUUUCACUUCUAGAGAGUGCAGGACUACCUUGCAAUUACACAGAAAAUAAGAGUAGGUGUAUAACAAUGUAUAGAAAAGUACAGCACCUGCUGCCUUAUUUAAAAAAAAGAAGAAAAAAAAAAAAGAAGAGGUUAGCUAAAACAAUACACUUUUCUUUUUAAUUAAAAAUGUGCUGUAUCCCCAUACGUUCAUUGAUGAACUUCCAAUAAAUGUGUUUCAUUAGUAAGCCUGACAUCUGGGAAAGGUAUCUUAUUUAGUUUUGUCUCAUGUUUUUAUUGCAUUUCCUAGAAACAAAAUAGGUAAAACAACCACAGCCUCCCAUUGCCAAGGGUUAGUGUCUGUGCAGUAAGUGUCCCUGCAGCCUCCCAUUGCCCAGGGUUAGUACCUGCAGCCCCCCAUUGCCCUGGGUCAGUGAAUGCCCUGCUUGCCAGGGUCAGUGUGUGCCCAGUGAAUGCCCUGCUUGCCAGGGUCAGUGUGUGUCUAGUAAGAGCCCUUGCUGCCAGCUCCUGCCCUGGGUCAGUGUUUGCCCAGUGAAUGCCCUGCUUGCCAGGGUCAGUGUCUGCCUAGUGAAUGCCCUGCUUGCCAGGGUCAGUGUGUGCCCAGUGAAUGCCCUGCUUGCCAGGGUCAGUGUCUGCCCAGUGAAUGCCCUGCUUGCAGGGUCAGUGUCUGCCCUGCUUGCCAGGGUCAGUGUGUGUCCAGUGAAUGCCCUGCUUGCCAGGGUCAGUGAAUGCCCUGCUUGCAGGGUCAGUGUCUGCCCAGUGAAUGCCAUGCUUGCCAGGGUCAGUGUGUGUCCAGUGAAUGCCCUGCUUGCCAGGGUCAGUGUCUGCCCAUUGAAUGCCCUGCUUGCCAGGGUCAGUGUGUGUCUAGUAAGAGCCCUUGCUGCCAGCUCCUGCCCUGGGUCAGUGUGUGCCCAGUGAAUGCCCUGCUUGCCAGGGUCAGUGUGUGUCUAGUAAGAGCCCUUGCUGCCAGCUCCUGCCCUGGGUCAGUGUGUGCCCAGUGAAUGCCCUGCUUGCAGGGUCAGUGUCUGCCCAGUGAAUGCCCUGCUUGCAGGGUCAGUGUGUGCCCAGUGAAUGCCCUGCUUGCCAGGGUCAGUGUCUGCCCAGUGAAUUCCCUGCUUGCCAGGGUCAGUGUGUCCCCAGUGAAUGCCCUGCUUGCCAGGGUCAGUGUGUGCCCAGUGAAUGCCAUGCUUGCCAGGGUCAGUGUUUGCCCAGUGAAUGCCCUGCUUGCCAGGGUCAGUGUGUUCCCAGUGAAUGCCCUGCUUGCCAGGGUCAGUGAAUGCCCUGCUUGCCAGGGUCAGUGUGUGCCCAGUGAAUGCCCUACUUGCCAGGGUCAGUGUUUGCCCAGUGAAUGCCAUGCUUGCCAGGGUCAGUGUUUGCCCAGUGAAUGCCCUGCUUGCCAGGGCCAGUGUGUGCCCAGUGAAUGCCCUGCUUGCCAGGGUCAGUGUGUGCCCAGUGAAUGCCCUGCUUGCAGGGUCAGUGUGUGCCCAGUGAAUGCCCUGCUUGCCAGGGUCAGUGUCUGCCCAGUGAAUUCCCUGCUUGCCAGGGUCAGUGUCUGCCUAGUGAAUGCCCUGCUUGCCAGGGUCAGUGUGUCCCCAGUGAAUGCCCUGCUUGCCAGGGUCAGUGUGUGCCCAGUGAAUGCCCUGCUUGCCACGGUCAGUGUGUCCCCAGUGAAUGCCCUGCUUGCCAGGGUCAGUGUCUGCCUAGUGAAUGCCCUGCUUGCCAGGGUCAGUGUGUCCCCAGUGAAUGCCCUGCUUGCCAGGGUCAGUGUGUGCCCAGUGAAUGCCCUGCUUGCCACGGUCAGUGUGUCCCCAGUGAAUGCCCUGCUUGCCAGGGUCAGUGUGUCCCCAGUGAAUGCCAUGCUUGCCAGCUCCUGCCCUGGGUCAGUGUUUGCCCAGUGAAUGCCCUGCUUGCCAGGGUCAGUGUUUGCCCAGUGAAUGCCCUGCUUGCCAGGGUCAGUGAAUGCCCUGCUUGCCAGGGUCAGUGUGUCCCCAGUGAAUGCCCUGCUUGCCAGGGUCAGUGUGUGCCCAGUGAAUGCCCUGCUUGCCAGGGUCAGUGUGUGCCCAGUGAAUGCCCUGCUUGCCAGGGUCAGUGUGUCCCCAGUGAAUGCCAUGCUUGCCAGGGUCAGUGUGUGCCCAGUGAGUGCCAUGCUUGCCAGCUCCUGCCCUGGGUCAGUGUGUGCCCAGUGAAUGCCCUGCUUGCCAGGGUCAGUGUGUCCCCAGUGAAUGCCCUGCUUGCCAGGGUCAGUGUGUGCCCAGUGAAUGCCAUGCUUGCCAGCUCCUGCCCUGGGUCAGUGUGUGCCCAGUGAAUGCCAUGCUUGCCAGCUCCUGCCCUGGGUCAGUGUGUGCCCAGUGAAUGCCAUGCUUGCCAGGGUCAGUGUGUGCCCAGUUAGUGCCCUGCUUGCCAGCUCCUGCCCUGGGUCAGUGUGUGCCCAGUGAAUGCCCUGCUUGCCAGGGUCAGUGUGUUUCUAGUAAGAGCCCUUGCUGCCAGCUCCUGCCCAGGGUCAGUGUGUGCCCAGUGAAUGCCCUGCUUGCCAGCUCCUGCCCAGGGUCAGUGUGUGCCCAGUCUGUCUCCCUCCAUCCAAGCCUUGCCCGGUGGGUGGCCCUCAGCACUGCCCAGCUCCUCCAGCACGGUGUAGCCGGUAGGUAAAUCCCUGUACAGACUCUCAGACUAUCCCGGGCAAGGUAUAAUAGAGAUUGACAGCUCAGCCUGUUCUCCCAUUGGCUGGCACACCUCCCAUGUCCGCCUCCGCAGUGAUGCAUUACGGGAAUCGUAGUCCCUCUGCUCACAGUACGUCUUUAUACAGCAGUGAGAAAGGAACACAUCUCCCAGGGUCCUCUGCGCACACCGCCAUUGAUUGGUCUCCGGAUUGCCCCGCCCCCUCCGCCGGCCAUUCAUAUAGACAAAAGGCUGAGCUGGGCAAGGUAAGCCAGUGUGUGCAGGAAGCGGCGGUGCGGACUGCAGGGCAGGCUUCCUCAGUGAGAGCUGGGAUUAUUACUGCAGGGGAGGGCUGGAAAGUGGCUCUAUAGCCCUCAGCUCUGAGUGGGAGAGAGAUUCUCAGCCCCAGGGCCCUUCCUGCCUCUCCUGUCUGUAUUUAAACAUUAAUUGGCAGGGUGUACCAUCAGUGGGGCCACACUGGGGGCAAGGGGGCCACACUGGGGGUGCCAGCAAAUUUAUAAAUCACUGAGUAUUGACAAACUGGAGUGUAAGCUCUUUUGAGCAACAAUAACCCCUUCAUCAUUGGAAUAUAUAACCUUAUUCCCUUUAUACAUUGUUAUAUAACAUUAUAUUUAAUGGAAUAUGUGUACGUACGUACGUGUGUACGCUGUAUUUUAUUAUCACUUUAAGGAAGAAUGUUGCAAUCUUAGCAUUGCCGUUCUGUUAUUUGGAACAUAGCAAACUCUUUGUUUCAUUAUUUUUUUCGAUUGUUGCGCCAAGCUUCGUAAUUUGCAUUGGAAUACAAAAUUACAAUGCAAAUUGCAUGAUUUCACAUCAAAAUUCAAUAAUGUAUUAUGUAUCUAUUAUUAAAUGCCAUAGUUAGAAUUAUUCACGAAACUGUAAAUGGUCAAGCUUCCUGCAAGGAGUUUCACAUUUCUUGGGAAUAGUUGAGGAUAAAAAUCAUGAAUUUUUAAUACACGUAACCAAGACAGUUAAAGUGUGCAUUCAUUACUUUACCAAAAUGCUUCUCUUAGAUCCCUUGAGUCCUACCUACUCCCAUUUUGCUCAGCACUAACACCCUUGAUCAAUGCUGGAAAGUAUCUAAGCAGAUGUUUCUCAUAGAGGGGUAUAAUGGACACAGUAAGGACAUUUGGAAGCUAUAAAAUAAUAUAUGAAGAUCAGUAUUGGUAAAAGAUAAUGAACAAAAGUUAUUUGAUAAUUAAAUGCUGGAUACUUUAUAAAUUAGUUGAAUAAAAUAUAUUGUCUCCUUUUACACAUGAAAGACUGUAGGGGUGUGAUUUAUGCAUCAAACCCACUUCAUUAAGCUUAGGUGGUUCUGGUGCUUCAAAGCUUAUUUUUCACCUUUAAGGGUCUUUGAAUAAAAGACCCUUGAAGUUGACAUCCCCACUUGGUACAAAUGCCAGGCAAAUAUGCUUUCCUGAAGCUCCCUGUUGCUGUUGCUGCCAUGUUCCUUUUAAAACUCCUUGCGUUUCAUCUACCAGGACCAUGCAUCACGGUUACACUUUCGCACAUACAGUAGAGUAUAUCACAGACGUCUGUGGAGGAUCUUGCAAGGUGGCGGGGUCCUUAAUAGAAUAACUCUCACAUUGUGCGAAAAGAUGCCCUUAUUUCACAGCCGUCGCUAUUAUUGACUGUGGGAAUUGCCGAAAUGUGCUCUGCUGUUUGUCAACUACAGGAAUUAAACUAAACUACAGAAAAUUAAAUUAUUUUGGACAACUACGCAGCAUCUAACUCAUUCUUCUUUUCCACAUCCCUUUGAAGAUUUUGACUCUGGGCCACUUGGCACCUAAGAGGUUAUUUAGCUUGGCAAGUGCCAUUAAUUACAGCAAAGUGCAUUCUAAGAUAGACCAUGAAAAUUCUUACUUGUUUUCAUGGCACAUAAAGUGUCACCUUUCAUGGUAUUUAAGGUGCUAUUUUUUUUUUUAUAUACAUAAGCCCUUACCAUAUAAGAUAUAUAGUAUAUCAUGACAGUCCUGAUCUAUUCAUUUGUCAUAAAGUGGGUGUAUUAGCGUAGCAUGGACCAUUUCCAUAUUCUGAGUGGUGGGGUGCAUGGACCUCCAGUGGUAGUGUUCUUAUAAACCGAGAAAGUGACUACUUACAGGAAUGAAAGAUAUAGUCAUAUUUUUGAGAAAUCCUGUUUACUAAACAAAAUGUCACAAUUUCAUUCUUUCUUUGUGCACAUACCGAAGUAGCAAUCACUUUUUCUUAGUUGUAACCAAUCAUUUUUAAUUAAAAGUCCCUUCAGUAGUCAGUGUCUUCACUAUUUUUACAGGAAAAUAUAAGAUACAUCCAGGUGUCCCUCUUUUACCUAACUGCUCUGCAAAUGCGAAACGAACUUUUAUAAGUGAUGAUUCAUAUGAACUGUGUCUGUAUUGUAUUAGCCUAUUCUAUGUGCCAACUUUUAGUAAAUGCAUUUAUCGGAAACAAAACUCAGAAAGUUCCCUAAAAAACGUAUUUUGUUAUCAAUGUGUGGCUAGUUGCAAAUGGUGGUCUAUUUUGUAAAUAUAUGUAUUUCAUUGCAGUUUUUCCCCAUGUUUAAAUGGUACACAACUAAUAACAUAAUGUAAUUUGUCUUUCCUAGGUAUACCAGUCCUAAUACACCCAGUAAUACACCCAGUUAUAUGGAGAAAGGUAUCCCAGAGCCUAGGAAUGAAUACAUGUCCAAAACUCAAAAAGAAACCAGGAAAUCUGAAUCGUAUUCACAUGGACAGCUUGCUCCAACAGAUCAAAAAGAGGCUAAAGAGAGAACUAGUGAAAAUGAGCUAUGCAAUACGAAGAAGAAAAAAAUGUCAAAAGUAGAAAAACACACGCAACCAAAAAGUUAUAAAUGCUAUAAAAUCGGGCAAAGGUCUAAAAACAGACAAGACAUUGAGAAACAGUUUCCAUGUACAGAUUGCGGCAAAACAUUUACUCGUAGGUCAUCUUUAAUUACACACCACCGAAUCCACACGGGAGAGAAACCAUAUGUUUGCAUUGAGUGUGGGAAAGGAUUCACUGACAGCUCAAAUCUUGUCAAACACCAGCGAACACACACAGGAGAGAGGCCAUACGCAUGCACAGACUGUGAUAAAACCUUCACUGAUAGCUCAAACCUUAUUGCCCACCAGAGAGCACACACAGGGGAGCGACCGUAUGUAUGCAGUGACUGUGAAAAGAGCUUUACACUUGUUUCAAACCUUGUUACUCACCAGAGGGCUCACACUGGGGAGAGACCGUAUGAAUGCACAGAGUGUGGAAAGCGAUUUUCUCGCAGCUCACAUCUAAUCACACACCAGAGGGCCCACAGAGGUGAGAGGCCAUAUUCUUGUUCGGAGUGUGGGAGACGAUUUACACAAAUUUCUAAUCUUAUUGCCCACCAGAGAGCCCACACAGGGCUACGGCCAUACUCGUGCCUGGACUGUGGCAAAAGUUAUACACAGCGAUCUAACCUCAUUGAACAUCAGAGGACCCAUACUGGGGAGAGGCCUUAUAUCUGCACCGAGUGUGGGAAAAGCUUCAGCCAGAAUUCAAGUCUUAUUAAACACCGAAAAGUACACAUGAAAAAUGAGAUGAACAAAGAUCUUGAAGAUUCCACCGAAAAAAUCAUCAUUGACUGGAGUCCAUAAAGUAGUAAUGGCCAAGCCGUGAACUGACCAGCUUAUAUUUGAUUGGACAAAACUUUAAUACAAGAGAAUACUAUUUCAUUUUCAUUAUUUUUAAGUCAUUUCUACCUUGUAAAACUAGAAACUCCCCAUGAAUGGUGGGAUAAAAACAUACUUAUUUUUCUACAUGUUUCUGUAAAGAACCUAAUGUGGAUAAUAUUGCACAGAUUGUUGGCGUACAUGAAAUGUAUGCUAUCACUAUAUAUUAGUAUGCUGACAGAACUUUUUUAUGUUCUGUAUCUGAACCAUUCACAAAUAAUAUUAAUUGUCUAUUCUUUUGUCCUUCUGUAUUUUAAAUAAAGAUUGAUUGUUAAUAGCGCAUAAUUUCUUAACAUCUUAUGAUAAGCAAUAAUAUACAUAAACACAUACACAAGAAGAAGACAAGAAGCACUCUUAUUAAAUAGCAAAAAGUCAUAUAUAAUGAUAUAGAUUUUAUUACAGUAAUAGUUCCUUGUAAAAGCAGAUUUCUGUAGUAAAUUAAAGCACAAUGUGGAUUAAAGUAAAUUAACAUUUUUUGCUGUUAGUAGAAAAAGCUGAACAUUUUAUAUUUCAAUGAGAUACAGGAGAGAAUAGCGUGUACUCUUUAAGAUGGAGUAUCAUCAUGUAUUGCCCUUCUUUGAGAGAUGUCAUAAAAGGGAAAGCGUACAUGUGUGAGUAUGUCACAGAAAGUAUCUGUCUUGUGUUAUUGCUUUGAAGAUCUCUGCACAUUUAAGGAGCUGUGUGGCACUAAAUGGCGUACCUAAAAUGUUUACAGUUGUAAAAUAAUGUCAAGUAUGAUAGAAACUGCACAUACAACUUUAAAACUGUUCCAAUGAUUGUGACACAUAUGUAAAGCAAAACAAAAAUAAUGCAGUACAGCAAGAUAAAUUCAUUACACAAUGCUUGAGUCUCAAGCCUUAAAAUUACGCCAUUUUUGAAUGAUUUGGUAUAAUUUGUCUCCAGGGCAAUCUGUGUUCAUUACAUUGCGAUGUCCCUUCAGAAUAUAAUCUGACUUGAUAUAACCUUUCGAGACUCCACACUUUAUCAGACUUUGAGCAGCAUUUAGGGCGCUAGCAUUGGGAGCGCGCUCUGGGUGGGAAAAAAAAAUACACGUUAAAAAAUGAUGGAUAUAAACUGGGAUCAAAAAGUAUUAGUAUAGAUAGGAUACUUCAAAAUGGAAAUGAGGAGAUAGUUGAAGACAUAAAUAGCUAGAAAUAAACCAAUAAAAAUGGUUGUUCUGCUGAAAUCAAAAUAAAUAGCAUUUCUGUGUUAGAAGAAAUACAUGUUAUGUUUUAUAAACGUACAACAAGGUGUAGACAGAAAAGAGUAAAGACAUACGGUGAUAAACGGAGACUCUAUAAUAAUUUAUCCCAAAUGUGAUAGUAUGGCAUUACCCCAUUGUACCAACUUACUAGUGAACGAUCCAAUAAAGCAAAUUCCAAUGGAAAUUGGGUUGUACGAUUUUGCAUGAGCUCCGAGGUUUCUCCAGCCACGUCCUUCAUAUACACGGCCAUCUUCUCCAACCAGAAAGCUAAAUUAAUUUUGGAGUAUGAAAACAAAAAAUAUAUAAGUAUAUAUCAUUAUUUAUAUUAUAUAGUAAACUUCACAAUAGCUUAUUUCUUUGCUAAUUUUUUCACUGCCUGAAAACCCAUUCUAGGGAUGGAAUAUUUUCUUGUAGGUCUUCUCCAGCUUUUCAAUACACAGUCUCCCAUUUUUUCUCCCAUCUUCUCACCCAGAGAGACCAGAUGAGCCAAUCACUGGAUCUUUAAUUUUGACAUCAGAGCUAUAUAAAUAUAUCUUGGCAGGAUGUUGCCUCAAUGAACGAAUGGAGUGGAUUAAGAAGCCAUACUCUUAAGUCUUCAUUUAAUUGGUCUGGUUUAGCAAGCAGAAGAUAGAGAAAGUUGUGCAUUAGAGAUCUGUUCUACUAGAUGCAUUUUAGCAAACGGGAAUGAUCGGAACCAUUUAAAAUAAAGGAAAGGCAUAUUCCUGGGGGAAUUUUUCCUGCUCCUGCCCAAGGCUGGGGAUGCCCAUGCCAAUUGUCUUCUUUUAUCUAUCAUAUAUUUAAAUUCUACCCCCUUGACCUUCAAACUCAGGACAUUGUAGUUGCAAAGUUUUCCAGCUACCCACUUGAUUUUUUUUUGAAGACCUCUCUUUUUAAGCAGCUUACUUGUAUCCAAUGUCACACCAGCCUUGACUGCUCAUGUGAUAAUUCUGGACAUUCCUGGCUUGAGCAGAACAUGUAGACUGUGAGGAACAAAAUGCCCCCUCAGUGUGGUGGAUGACCACAUUUUUGACUGGAGUGGCUAAACGACUGCUGCAUUUGGCAGCCUUUCCUCCCCAUGCUGACUUGGACAUGAUGGUGGGACAUCCUGGUUAAAAUAGAGAGAAAAGGAGAAUUCAGUUCAAGAACCAUACCUCUUUUAUUUGGUACCAGGGCGGAACUGCUGGUUGAUACUACACGCUGAACUGUAAUAUGUUUUAUCUGUGUAUUGCUCAACCCUCUUUGUGCCUCUAUAUACACUCACCCUUUGUGAGUCUCUUAAUUCUUCCUUUCCUCCUUGUGUGUUGCUUGACCCCAUUUACCUCCUUGUGUGUCUUUUAACCCACCAAUACUUCUUGCUUUGUGUUCCUCUCAUAAUUGUACACUAUUGGCGACAGAUGACAGUUACAAAGAGAUGUUUCUCAUUCUCGUGUUUUAGUGAAUCUCUUACUUAUUUCCUGGUUAACACCCCAUUCACAGUGUUUAACUCCCUGUCCUAUCUACUAAACUGUGAUGUAUUUAAAGCACUUACCAUGCGUAAGAGCACAGAAGGCCGACAGAAGGAUAACGAGGAGUUUCAUGUUAAGUUUUCAGAUUGCACGUCAGAUACCUGGAAUCAGAAUUAUUUCAAAGCUCAAAAAUCCUUUGUUAUGAGUGUUUGCACUACAUAUCUGUAGUCAAAUAUGUACCUAGACUACUUCUUUCAUAACCCAUUUAAGACAAAAAAAAAACAGCAGGAAGAAGUAUUAGGCGAUGUGGACCUUGGAAAGAGUUUAGAUUUUAGUAGAGGGUACAGCGCAGUGUGUGAGUACUCUGCAGAUUUCACAAUGCAGUACCCCUCCCUGGCCCAAGCUAAGUAAGAGGAGGGGGAAACAAACAGAAUUUUUUAAAUGUUCCCAAUGCACAGAACAGCCCCUGAAACUCACAACAGCUACUAUUACCCCCAACACACACUUCAACCCAUGUCAUCCCCAACACACAAUUCAGUCCUAUGCCCACCAACACUCACACAACUGUUCCUAUUACACCUUACGCACACACUAAAGCCCCUAUUCAACAUGCACAUUUAUACUACAACCUCUAUUCUCCCACAAAUAUGCAAUCCAGUCUAACCUCCCCAUCACACAAUACAGCCCUUAUUUCCACAUACACUCUACAGCCCCUUUCCCCCAAAACAAAACUCUACAGACCCCAUAACCCCAAACAUACACAUAACCUAGUCCCCAUCCAACCCAUAACCACAACCCUAUCCCUCCCAAAACACACCCUAGCACCCCCUAUCUAUCAACACACACUAUAAUCCUCAAAUAAAAUCCUUACAGAGCUUAUCUUCCCACACGUCCUAGAGCUCCGAUCCCCUCGGGCCCUUAUCUAUCCAAAUAACACCAUCACCUUAAACACACACUAUAGUCCACAUACAGCCACUGGUAAGAGGAGCAGGUUAGACUGGUGUCAGGCUUGAGGACCAGAGAUGUCCUGCCUUACCAUUUGUCCCUGUCCACAAGGGCUCUGAGAGGCAACCUCCAGGAGUUCUUCUACCAGUUUUUUUACUUCUUCCACAACCCUCAGCCAGUUCUCCGAUCAGAUAGCUCUUUUAUAUCUCUCUCCCAAACACCACACAAAACUUAGUGAAGGGAAAAACAAAGUGUAUUUUAUUGAUGUUUAUAUAGGGAAACCCGAGGGGAAACCCAAGGGGAGGAUAAAGCAUAACAACCAAUAAUAGGUACAGGACUUUGGAAAGUAACCAAUAACAAUGACCGGUUUAGUUACAUUGCACCCACCCCUGGUGCCAGAGUGUCUGAGCAUCACUAACUUAAUCAAAGUGACAAGCUGUACUGAUUGAAUUAAACUUGCACACAAAACAUCUCCACACUUCUAAAACAAAACAGAGAUUGUAGAAUAUAACAUUUACACACCAUUAACCCUUUAUAUGUCCACUUGUUCUGUUAGUUCCACAGAGGGCCCAUAGUCUCUGGGUAAGAAUCUAGCACACAAGCUUUUCUGCAAGGUUCUCUUACACCACUAUUAACAUGCACACACAUACAACACCACAAACAGCACAUGCACAGACACAACCCCACCACAGACAUCCCCCUACACAUUCAACCAGUUGAGUUUGGUCAAAAACACCUUGGGCUUGAGCCCACAAAUAAUUUGGUGACUCCUUCCUAAAGCCACGUUGUGGACUUGUUUUCAACCUAUAUUGUAUGUAUGUAAGCCAAUAUGUUCCAUGUCAUCAGAUUCACAUAUUCAUAUGAAUUAUUUUACUAUAUUUCUCAACACACAUCUUAGCACAUGUCUGGAAUGAAAAUUGGAUUUAAAAUUUUAUAGUAAAAUAUUAUAGCAAUAUUGCCAUAAUUACGGAGAUAUCUUGUUGAUCAAAGGAUAAAACUGCUUCACACUCUGGCAUUAUUAUUUUUUGUACAGCCAAAUAUUGCAUAUGUUUUUGAAUUGUGAAACAAAGUACCUGUCACAUAUGCAUUAACAGAGCCAGAUUACCUACACUCCCUGGUGGACUCUGGUUGUGAGGGGACCCUGUUUGAGCCCUGGGCAACCUUAAUCGGACUCUGUGCACUAAACGGGAAUUGCACAUAUUUCGUAAAAAAAAAAAAAACAAGCAGAAAAAUCCAUAUUUUCCAAGUUUUCCCCACCUUGGAGGUACAGUUACUAUUUCUGGCCCAAUUUCCAAUCUUUUCUAUUGUAAUGUCCCUCUUUCCUUAAGCUUCACAUUAUUGACCAGGCUAAAUUUAUGCCAGAGCUCCACAGCAAUACAUCCUCUGGGUCCCCCUCCCGCCGGGCUGGAUGGAGAGGAAGGGGUUAAACUUACCUCUUUCUCCAGCGCCGGGCGGGGAGCUCUCCUCCUCCUAUCCUCCCUCUUCUCCUCCUCUUCGGCUGAAUGCGCAUGUGCGGCAGGAGCCGCGUGCUCAUUCAGCCGCGCGCGCAUUCAGCCAGUCCAUAGGAAAGCAUUCACUGAUUUUCACAGUGAGAAACGCGGAAGCCCUCUAGCAGCUGUCAAUGAGACAGCCACUAGAGGCUAGAUUAACCCUAACAUAAACAUAGCAGUUUCUCUGAAACUGCUAUGUUUAUAGGAAAAAGGGUUAAACCUAGCUGGACCUGGCACCCAGACCACCUCAUUAAGCUGAAGUGGUCUGGGUGCCUAUAGUGGUCCUUUAAACAACAAUAAAUGCGAUUUGAAAUCAGUCUGUGUAAAUAAGUUACAUUGUUCUAAUUCUAAAUCACUUUUUAGUUGUGUAACUAGUCUUUGGUCAGUGACCAAAAAUAUCUCAGAACAGCUCGCCCCUGGCCACACCGCUACUCACACCGCAAAAAUGAAAAGUGUCCUCUUUGUCCAUCUGAAAUGUUGUGAGGUAUGAAAAUAGCUUAGAGAUUUAUGCAAGUUUAGCCUAAAAUAUGAAAUCCCCAGGUUAGUUCCCAACAGUUCCCAGUUUAGUGAAUGGCCAGCUGGUUCAAAGCAGAAGUUAAAUCAUUAAGUCCAGAGAUUCAUUCUCUGCUGAUCUCCUUGACACUCACCUUUGCUACUGUAAACUUGAUGAAGACAACAAAUCCCAUUCCUUGCUGUUUAUAUAUGCUCUGUCUCUGGGUGGGAAGAGAUUCACACUUUCAGUUACUGUUUCCUUCAGGGCGUAGCACAGGAUAAUGUUGAAAGAUCUUAUGUAACCUUAUUGAGUGUUUCAGUUUUUAAUUGCUGUCAACUUGAAGACCAGAGACCGACUCAUGUAGUGGUAUGUUGAUUGCAUGAAAUUAAAUAAUUUGCUACGUCAAAACACAGUCAGCAAAUUGCACUCAGCCAAUUUUUGAGCGUCUGUGCAUAGAAAUAUUCACAUAAUUGGCAUUAGACAGUCCAGCUCGGAAUUUAUCUAAUACGUAAUGGAAUGUAGAAGGCGAAGCAAGGUUGGUUGAGGUGUGCCAAAACCAACGUACGAGUAGGCCUGUAAAAAGAGGGCCCACAAAGGUAAAUUGUUUAAUAUAGAUGGGUGUAGGUGGGUGGGGACAAACAGCUUGCACGACAAAGGUAAAUGGGGGGUAGGGUUUAAAUAGGAUCAUAACUCCUCCCACAAAUUCAGGCCAAAUGGCCUUACAACUUGUACCUGGAAUUGAUCUAAUACGUAAUGGAAUGUAGAACGGGAAGCAAGGUUGGUUGAAGUGUGCCGAAACCAACGUACGAGUAGGCCUGUAAAAAGAGGGCAAAAGAGAAUUCAAAGAAACAUACUUUAUUGCAAGUUUAUACAGCUUGUGUACUGAAAGCUAGUAAGGAGCUUUUACUCUGAUUGAGGUAUAUAUGUAACUGAGCUGAGGAUUACCUGUGGCCCCAUCAUUUAGUGAUGUAGACUGGGGUGUAAGAGCUCGAAGCUGCUGAUGCAGCUUUUUUGCGAAAAAGAGAGACCGGCGAAGGAAGCCAUGAUGUAGCUUACCUUAAUGGAAGGUAUAGAUGUGAAGUAAUGGGUUAGUACUGAUAGUGUGUGGCUACGUAAAACGGAGUGACAGCAUAGGAGGUAUAAAUAAGAUGCUUGAAUUUGUAGGCUUAGGGAAAGAGGCAAAAAGUACAAUAGGUUAACUGCCAAAGUCUUAAAUCGAGCAAACUCUACUUGUGACAAUCAACAAUAUACAAAGCCCUGGCGUGCGUGAUAGAGUAGUUGUGAAACUGCGUGAAGCGUGCAUACCUGUACGAGGUGUAAUUGUGUAAAUUUAGUCCAAGAUUAUCUCAUGGAAAGGUGGUAUCCUGGAUGGUAUGUAUUGGGUCGCAGGGAGUGCCUGAAAAAAGACCUUAAACUGAGCGUGAAAGAGCGUCAGCGACUGUGUUGUGGACACCAGGAAUGUAAAAGCAGACUAAAAAGAGCUGAGAGGUUGCUGCCAGCCUAGCCAGCCUGUGAAUCAGCCACAAAAUGGCUAGCCAGGAUGGCCACCCGAACGUAGGCCAGGUGCCAUGGUGAAGGGUGAAUAGGUAGUAGAUUAAAGGCGUUGGACAAGUCAGUCUUGCUCAACCAAGCCAAACUACUUGCUGAAGUGAUAGUUUGUAUGGCAUGGUCGAUUUGCGUAGUGCAGUGAGAACUCCAUAGCUGGGAAUGGAUGUAGAGUGCGGUGCGGAAGAGGGCUAUAAUCAGACGUAUUAUAGAGUAUAGUGAACGGCUACCUCGAUGGGAAUGGUACGCCAAGAUGAGAAGUGUGAAGACCGGAAGGAGGCGAUCGUGAAACCAGCGUAUGACUGCUGUGGACAGAAGGUGGUCCACCGUAAGAGGGUCAAUGGGUGCAGAUAAUAGGAUAGGGCAUACGAGUGUACCUGUGGGAAUGGUGAAAAGGCCCGUUUGAACCCCUGUGAGAAACCCGGCACCAGCAUCUACCAGAUGCCUACCUGGGUGUAAAUGCAGAUAGUAUUCCAGGAUAUCAAUGUUAACCUUAGUUGGGCGUAUCUUAGGUGACAGAUGGUCUGCGUAUGUGAACUAGGUGGGUUCUGGAGCAGAUGUGCAAAAUCCUGCAUGUAGUGAAAUAGCCUACCCCAGUAUUAAAGUAAUGGUGCACCGUAGCCUUCCCCAGAAAUGAAACGGUCAGCCCAGCUUGACCCUCAGGCCGCCUCCCUGACUAGUGCGUGGGGUGAAAGAGUGGUGAGUCGUGGUCUGGCUGUUUAGGACUACUGAAAUGUCAUCAUGAAUAUAAUCUUUGCACUGUAGGGUGUCUUGUGAAGUUAAGUAGUGAUGUUAGUUUAGCGUCCUUUCCAAUGAGAAUUACCUUCUCCAUGGAAAUUGUAACAGAGUGGGCCAGUGAGACGUAUGGAGUAGUGAUCGUGGUGGUGGGGGACGGGGAGGGAGUAUUUAGUUAGGAUAGCUAAGGCCAGCGCCUAACCCUCAAUGCCAGUUCUCUAGCCUCAUGCGGCUCAUCUCUUAGAAUGGUGUAAUAUAGCAUAUGUAGAUACUUAACCUUGAGUGUUUGUCCUCUUUCUUUGGGAGAUGCGCAGGAAGAUUACAAUAUAUUCUUGCUUCUGCAGGGAACGGGCCCGGACCGGGAAACCUCGGGGGAAAAAGAUGCUAGUGGGCCUGAGCCGUGCCACUGGUAUAAUGAGUGUAAAAAUGUUGAACGUAUGGGUAGGUGUGUAUCAGAGAUACCGUAACAUAAGAAUUUGGGUAAGCUGAGGGACCUGAACGUUGGUCCGUAAAUUAGAGACAAGCCCCUGGGGUCCUCCAAAUGUGAAUUUUUUGAAUGAUACAAAGGCGAAGUGAGGCCUUAAGGAGAAACGUAGUCGUAAUGAGUAAGAUUACCAAUACCUGAUACUGCAAUGCAGGGAACCAGGUAGCCUGUAGGUUGUCGCUGGCGUAGGACUUGGCAAGCUGCGGUAAUGACAUAGAUCUAAGUAAUGAUAUGUAGAAAUGAAUGACAAAACAUGUACCGUUAAAUAUAGUAGUAAUACCAUGGAUUAUGAUUAUGAGAUUGUUGUUGACAUUUUGUGAGGAAUCUUAGACCAGGUACGUCACGUUUAGAACCCACUUUCAGAGGUGGGGGGUUGUAUGAGGCCGUGGAGGCUGAAUGAGGCCUCAAGGGAAAACGUAAAAUGGUAAACCUUCUUAACUGUUACCUAAAUGCGGGAUACUGGAUACCUCUUCCUGGAGCUCUCUGUGAAGAAAAGUAUAAGUAGUAGCAAGGUGCUGUAGGUUUGUGUGAUUUGAUGUUUUAAGCGCCGUGAGGAAUCUUAGAUCUGGCCCGUUAGAAGUUUAGAACCCACUUUGGGAGGUGGGGAGAAUGAGGCCGUGGAGGCUGAAUGAGGCCUCGAGGGAAAAGAGAAUUGGUAAACCUACUUACCUAAUACAGUAAUACAGGGUACUGGGAUACCACUUCUUGAAGACUGUUUGGAGGAAAGUGGAGGUGUAUUUUAUACGUAAAUUAUAAAAGAAAGUGGCCAAACUGUGCCUUUAACCCCUUAAGGACACAUGACAUGUGUGACAUGUCAUGAUUCCCUUUUAUUCCAGAAGUUUGGUCCUUAAGGGGUUAAGAAGAUUACCCUGUGAAAAAUAGGUGUCCCACAAUUAUGUGACCAUGGACGGGAAAUUUGUAAAACACAUAUUUUUUUAACCAGUGGUGACUUUAAGAGCCAUAUAAUAAACGUAACAUCAUAUAGGAAAAUUAAUGUGAGUGCUUGGUAUAAGUAAGAGACAUAACUAAAUAUAUUAACAGUAGAUUAGUAAAUUUAAACACUGUAGCCCCUUGCGUUCAGUUAACCGAAUGAACAAAAGUACUAUAAAUAGAAAGAACUCUCGCAUUCGGUAAAUGGAACAUACGAAAAGAUUUAAACGAAAGCCAAUUGAAUAAUCAGCUGCAGGUUGUAACGUGUAAAUUGACGAAAGGUUGCACGAAAAAGCCGUUUGAACGCGUUCGACUGAACAAACGUACAAAAGAACAGACAAACUUAGGGCAAGUAUGCACAUACGGUACAUAGAAUUAAACGAAAGUAAACAAAAGCAUGUGUAUUCCGCGUUCGGCUGUUAGCCGCACAAACUCGGAAAUACACGAACAGCGUAAUAGCACGAACAGGUAAGUAAUGAAGGGAGCCUAUCCCCGCAUUUUUAGGCCUUAACGUGGGAAAUAGCUGAAUGCUAUUUCCCACGUUAUGCUUACGUGGACGUGCCGGUCUCGUGACUGGAAGCCGGGUAGCGAGUAGGGAAGUCGGGUCGAAGCCAGUGAACAGGCACGGAAGACAGAGACAGGAGCUGCUAGCGACGGACUGUUUGCUGGAGACUGACUUUGGCGGGAACAACGGACCGGAACAGCUGGCACGACAAAGGUAAGUAGGGGGGUAGGGUUUAAAUAGGAUCAUAACUCCUCCCACAUAUUCAGGCCAAAUGGCCUUCCAACAUAUAAAAAGAGACAGGAACAUGCAGGUAGAGAUUUCUAAAUAUCUCUUUCUAAAUUCAGACAUCAUAAUAUUGAAAGAAUAUACUCUGUGCUUAUCUGUCAUGGAGCUCUGUAGAUGUUAUGUUGACUUGCUCAUCCUGUCGCCAUCUCAGGCUAUAUUCUUUAUCUUACUGCCAUUGUUUUGACAACUUACCUCUGGUCUACCAGGACACAAUGGUCAUAGUUUAUAUAUUUUCUUGUGUGGCCAUGUAGGUUCACAGACAAGGAGUUAAUUUGUGAAUUAAUUUUAAACUGAGUUAAUUUUUUUUUUUUUAAAUGUAGGUGUUUUUUUUCUUUGGUUUAUUUAUUUAUUUAUUUUCAGUGCCGCAGUCUCGCUUUUCUUGUUCCACUGCUGUCAGCACAAGACAAGUGUUAGCUUGCUUCUUGUGUUUCAGCACACAGCAAACAGUCCUCUUUCCUGUGAUGCCCAGUGGGUACUCAAUAAAGGCUCUACUGCAUUUUCCAUUUUUUAAUUUCACAUGGUUAUUGUUGAGCUGCACAUGAAAUGCGUUGCCCUGCUUGACCUCAUAUGUCAAGGGUCUUUUAGAACUGUGUCACUUUGCAUGUGAAUACAAAUAGUUAAUUCCCUUUUUCUUUCUUUCAUUCAUUCUUUUUUUUUUGAGGAUAAUCUGUAUAAUAAAAUAGUCAAUUGUGAGAUCUUUUAGCCUAGAUCUUUUUUCCAGGGUAUUUACUUUGUCAAGUGUAUAGCAAUAUCUUCUGCGAUACAAUUGCCAUUCAUUAAUAACACUAUAUUUUUUGAUCUAAUGUUUUGUGUAAUGUCCCCAGUCCAAUCUUCGUUACGUUCCUUACAUAUCGAUAAGAAAUGUCAGAUGGUGAUUAUUAACGUUCUAAUGCUAUCGGUGUAGAUAAUAUUUUAAACAUUCUAGACAGGAAGCUUAUUGUCUACAAUAGCCUUUUCAAUCCAAUAAACUUGCAAAACUGAAAAUGUAAUGUUUAUUCUUCUUAAUGAUUAAUAACAUUUCAUUUUGUUUUUAAUUUCUUUCAGGAAUUUUUUUUUUUUUAAAUCUAAAAUUCGUGAUCAUGUAUUCUCAGACUCAUGGUAAGAUAGUUUUAUUUUCUUUUAGCUUAGAACUGACAAUUUUAUUUUUUAUUUAGAAAUUAUAUUGUAAAAUUAAAAUAAAUUACAAUGCUUGAAGUAUGGUGCCUACACUGUGGUUUAGUAUGUCUUUCAUCUGAAUUAUAAGUCUUCUGGAUAUGUAACUCACACUUAUCUAUGCCGGCUGUCCAACUCACCUGACAUCUUGUUGGCGUUUAUCAUGGUAAGUUCUAGAUUUAUUCUGUGAUUGCUACCAGAACCACUGCAGAUUUACGAUAAUUAUGUUAUUGUAACUCACACUCAUUAACGCCAGCCAAAAAUUAUUUGGAAGAUCAAAGUGCUGGUUUUGAUUAAUUGAAGUUACAGUCUUUGCCGUCUUGUGCCUCCACCAUAGUUCUUUGUGUCUUUUCCACCAUAUCCAAAGUGAAGGCACAAGGAUUCUGGUAUUAUAAUAUCAUCUUUCCUACACUGACACUGUGACCCUCUAGAAAAUAUUAGCGCUUUGCUAUUUUGGAGUUAUAGCCCAAAAAGUAUUGGGCAUCUUCUGUGGGUCAUUAUGUUUGCCAUCUGAGCCACAGUGGAAACCUAAGGCAUUUAGAAUUGUAAUUUUUACUCAUCAGUGUAAGCAAUGGGUUUUGAUGGAUACAUUUCUGCAUUUGAUAAGUGUAAUUUACAAUUCCGAAAAGUCUUGCACGUACACUGUGCUUUAUUGUGUCUUCCUCCACAGCCAUAUUGUAGGCACAGGGCUUCUGGGAAUAUAACUUAUAUUCAUCGAGGCUAGCACAGGAUAAAAGGUAUCAUAGUGCAGACUAAGUUGGGUAGGAGUAAAAGUUACAGAGUGCUCGUGCUACAAUUGGCUCAGGAGGAAAACACAAUAAACAACUUCAGGGCAUUUUUCUCCAACUCAUUAAUUCCAUGACUGAUGGCGAUUUGUCACAUUGCUGACUUCGAAAUGUCGAAGUCUAUUUAGUGCCUCCGCUAUUGUUCAAUGAGUUUUCAAUCUUUGACAUAGUGUAGUCACAAAGCUUCUGUGACUGUAACUCUAACUCUUCAAUACUUUUACAGGAUUCUAGUGUUCACAGUCCUGGAUUUGAUGAAUAGGAGUAAUAGUUACACCAGUCUUAUGCCUCUACUGUGGCUCACUGUGUUUGCCCUUUAAACACAAUAACACGUUCCUGUUUGUUUUAUCACGUAAAAGCAAACUGCAAACCCUCCCCCAUCUGCCAAAAAACAAAUUAUGUAAAUAUAUAUGUAAUUAUUUAAAAAUAAAGUACAAAUGAUUUAGCUAAAAUCGUAAUCAAUAAUUAUAAGUAAUAAAAAUAAAUAUUCUAUUUUAAUUGGUUUAUUUAAAUUUAAACUUUAAAUUAUUUAAAUUAAAUUACAAUUAAAAGUUUAAUUAUACUUCGAUAUGCUACUGGAUGAGUGACAUUUUGGAAGGUGUAUUCUUUGCGAAGUGAAACAAAGAGUGUAUUUAUCUUAACAAGUACUGUAAGUGUUGGAUGUCUGUAGUUGCUCUGGAUGUCGAUGGAUCAAGUCUUUGAACUUUCUUUUUAAUCAAUAUUUUAAGGAAAUAAGAUGGAAUGUGACUAACAAAAGGAACUCUUCAAACAUCUUCAACCGGACAUUGCAAAUAGUCAUAUUGUUUCAGUUGCGUUGGGCUUUGCCCAGACAUAGAACUUCGAGGUCUCUGUUAAGUCUGUAUAGGAUUGGGAAAGUGUCACCUAGGCACAAAGUCAAUUGUUUCCAAAGACGUUUGUCUGUUUGCAUUGUGGUGUCAUCGUGGCCCUCCGAGGAACAUAACCACUACAUUGCUUGUUAUUGCUUGUGGUGCUUCAAGUCCUUCUCAAAAAAACAAAAAACACUUCAAGAAGUUUUUUAUACUACCUAGAGUCCAUAGUAAGCUAGGACUAUUGUGUAAUGGUAUGAAAAUUAUUUUUCUGGGUCUGUUGCUUGAUGUAUAUUUGUUUAUGUAUUUAAACACACUGUUUCCACCACAAGAAUUAAUUAUGAUGCCUUGAGUGUCCCUUAAACAAUUGUUAUUUAAAUAACUUGUUGUUGUUUUUUCAUUAAAACGUUAUUGUUGAAAAAAAUUGUAGUAUUAUAAUUAAUAAAUGUUUGUUAGCACACAUAAUUGUAUCAUUAUUAAUCUAAUUAUUACAUAAUUCUUUUUCAGUUUUGUAAAUUGAAGUCCUUGUUUGUCUCAGAGGUUUCAUCUUAUAACUUCUAGACACAUUAUUGUACAGCAACAGUUACACUUCAAAUCCCACAGAGAUACAUACUGACAGGUACAUAAUGAACAAAAAAAUAAAUAAAUAAAUAAAUAUAUAUAUAUAUAUAUAUAUAUAUAUAUAUAUAUAUAUAUAUAUAUAUAAUUGCCAGGUUAAAAAAAAUUCUAGAUUAAAAAAAUAAUAAUAAAAAAUAAAAAAUAAAAAUAAAUAAAUAUAUAUAUAUACAUAAUGCACGUGGAUCCAGUACUCCCUCUCUCGGUCUUGUCCUUGUCUGUGUGCAAAUCACUUAUGCCAAAAUAUAAGUAUCAAGGCAGGUGCACUCACAGGACUUUGUAGAUAAAUCUUAAAGCUUUAUUGUGCAAUCAUAAACCAGAAAUUGUGUCAACGUUUCAGUCCUCUAUGGGACUUUUCAUAACGGCACAAUGUUUUCAUAACAGCACAAUAAUUUUCAACAAUCGGUUUUAAAACCAACAUUUUUUUUAGAUAAAAUGAUAUGUGAAAAAACUAAAGUACUAAAAACAAGAAACAUAAACUGCGUAAUAGUGAACAAUUUUGUAAAUGUACACCAAUGCCAAUGCAAACAGAUCAGUGUCUACUACACUAAGUCAACUACAUUGGGCUAUUCAGCUGCAUAUCAUAAUCCCAUAUGUUAUCCGACCAGGAAAAUAAAACUGAAUCCAUUUCACUGUGCAUAAUGGAGUCCAAGGUAUCCAUAUUACCAUCUUGUGAAAGACCUAUAGGCAGUCUUUCUGUAGUCAGAGAAAAACAAUGUAUUUAAAAAAAAAAAUACAGUUAUAUAGGAUAUGAUUGUAUAUAGCACAUUGAAGAGAAAACGAUAAUCUGUGUGUCUUUUUCUCUUCCUAAGCAACUCUGUGUGCCUCUCCCCCAGCCCCUAUGUGUCUCACCUUCCCAGCUCCUGUGUCUCUUAUUCUCCCCCCAAGAUCCUGUGUGUCUCUUUCUUUCCCUAGCCACUCUAUUUCUUUUAAAAGUAUUCUUCCACAAAGUGCAGCUUAGUUAUAGGGGCACACUAGUACAGCCCACAUUUUUGUUUCUCCCCCCCCCUCCCCACCCCCCCUAAGUCCCUCUGUGUUUCUUUUUCUCCCCUACAUGCCCCUCUGUGUGUCUCACCCCUCAGCUCCUGUGUGUCUCAUUCUUCCCCUAAACACCCUGUGUGUCUCUUUCACCCCCAGCUUUCUCUGUGUUUCUUUCCCUCCCAGACUCCUCUGUGUGUUGAUACAUAAUAACGGUGUCUGGAUUGCAUUAGCCUGUUAUUUGUGCCAACUUUUAUUAAAUGCAUUUAUCGGAAAUAAGACUCAGAACGUUUCCUAAACACCAUAUUUUGUUAGCAAUGUGUGGCUAUUUGCUAAUGGUGCAAUUUAUCCCAUGUUCAAAUGCUACACAACUAAAAACAUAAUGUAAUUUGCCUUUCGUAGGUAUACCAGAUCUUGCCAAACUUGUAAUACACUUAGUUCUAUAGAGAAGAAUAUCCCAGAACCUAGGAAUGAAUACAUGUCCGAAACGCAGACAGAAACCAGGAAACCUGAAUCGGAUUCCCAACUUAGUCAAACCGAGCAAAGAGAGGCUAACGGGUGAACUUGUGAAGAUGAGCUAUGGAACACAAAGAAGAAAAAAAUGUCAAAAGUUGAAAAGCACGUCCAACCAAAAAGUAUGCUAUAAAAUGCUAUAAAAUUGGGUAAAGGUCUAAAAGCAGACAAGACAUUAAGAAACAGUUUCCAUGUACAGAUUGCGGCAAAACAUUUACUCGUAGGUCAUCUUUAAUUACACACCACCGAAUCCACACGGGAGAGAAACCAUAUGUUUGCAUUGAGUGUGAGAAAGGAUUCACUGACAGCUCAAAUCUUGUCAAACACCAGCGAACACACACAGGAGAGAGGCCAUACGCAUGCACAGACUGUGAUAAAACCUUCACUGAUAGCUCACACCUUAUUGCCCACCAGAGAGCACACACAGGGAAGCGACCGUAUGUAUGCAGUGACUGUGAAAAGAGCUUUACACUUGUUUCAAAGCUUGUUACUCACCAGAGGGCUCACACUGGGGAGAGACCGUAUGGAUGCACAGAGUGUGGAAAGCGAUUUUCUCGCAGCUCACAUCUAAUCACACACCAGAGGGCCCACAGAGGUGAGAGGCCAUAUUCUUGUUCAGAGUGUGAGAGAGAAUUCACACACAUUUCUAAUCUCAUUAAUUGAUAAUAUUAAUUAUCUAUUCUUUAUUCCAUCUGUGGUUUAAAGAUUGAUAACUAAUGGAGAACACACAUUAUCAUAACAUGCUAUGAUAAGCAAUAAUAUAUACAAAAAAGAAGCAGUGUCUAAAAUAACAAAAAAGUCAUAUAAAAUGAUAUGUAUUUUAUUAUAUAAAUAUUUCCUCGUAAAAGCAGGUUUCUAUAGUAAACUAAAAGCACAACGUGGAUUAAAGUAGAUUAACAUUUUUUAGCAUUUGCUGUUAGAAGAAAAAGCUGAAAAUUAUUUUUGCACAACAAGAAUCACAUUAAUUGAUAGUGUAUUCUUAGUGUAUUAUUUAAGAUAGAGUAUCAUCAUGUCACCAUUUUUUGAGAGAGGUCAUCAAAACUAAAGCAUACAUGUGUGUGAGCAUCGCACAGUAAGGAUGUCUUGUGUUAUUGCUUUGAAGGUCUCUGCACAUGCACAGAGCUGUUUAGCAAAAAAUAGCAUUCCUACAGCAUGUCAACAAGUAUAAAAUGAUGGCAAGUAUGAAAGAAAUUGCAAAUGCAACUUUAAAAAUUCCACUGAUUAUGACACGUAUAAAGCAAAAAAAAUUUAAUUAAUUGCACAAUGCUUGAGUCUUAAGCCUUAAAAUUGCUCCAUUUUUGAAUGAUUGCGUAUAAUUUGGCUCCAGGGCAUUCUGUGCUCCCUACAUUGCGAUGUCCCUUCACAGUAUAACUUGAACUGAUAUAACCUCCCGAGACACCGCACCUUAUCAGACUUUGAGCAGCAUUUAGGGCGCUAGCACUGGGAGCACGGUCUGGAGGGAAGAAAUGUUAAAAAAAAAAAAAUUAAAAAAUGAUGGAUAUAAAAAGAUAGAUUAAGAUAUAAAAUAGCUAUGAAAAGACUAAUAAAAAUGGUUGUCUAGCUGAAAUCAAAAUAAAUACAAUUUCUGUGUUAGAACAAAUGCAUACCAUGUUUUUAAAACAUACAAGGUCAAAUCAGAAUAGAAUAACAUGAUAAACGGAGACUUUAUAAUAAUUUAUCCAAAAGGUGUUAUUAUUUAACCAGGGCCUGUAUGACAGAAAAAUGCAUUCACUCAAUAAUAAUAUUUUAUCUUAUUGUUUUUUCUAAUCGUACCCCACUCUACCAACUUACUAGUGAAUGUUCCAAUAAAGCUGAUUCCAAUGGAAAUUGAGUUGUACGGUGGAGCAUGAACUCCAAUGUUUUUCCAGCCACGUCCUUCAUAUACUUGGCCAUCUUCCCCAACUAGGAAGCUAAAUUUAGAAGUAUAAAAAAUAAAUAUAUAAGUAUAUAUCAUCAUUUAUAUAAAUUAUUACAUUUCAAAAAAAGUCGAUGUCUUUGCUAUUCUUUCUGCUGAUUGUAAAACCCUUUCUAGAGAUGGAAUCUCUUCUUUUAGGUCUUCUCGCUCUUUGCAAUAAAAAGAAAAAUAGUCUCCAAUUUCUUUCCCCAUCUCCUCAUCCAGGGAGACAAGCUGAGCCAAUUACUGGCUCUUUAAUUUAGACAUCAGAGGUAACAAAUAUAUCUUAGCAGUAUGUUGCAUCAAAUAAUAAACGCACUGGAUUAAGAAAUCAUACUCUGAAGUCUUCAGUUAAUUUGGCUGGUUUUGCAUUAGAGAUCUGUUCUAUUGAGUGCAUUCUAGCAAAUAGCACUGAUUAUCGGGGUGGGGGAACCAUAAUGUGUAUAGGCACUGUCACUCAUAGGGACACAUUUAAAUUAAAGGAAAGGCAAAUUCUGUGGGGAGGGGGAGCUUGCCUCCUCUUGCCUAAGGCUGCAGAUUCCCAUGCCAAUUGUCCUCUUUUAUCUACUAUAUCUUAUAUCAUAUCCCCAUUGACCUCCAAUCACAGGACAUUGUAGUUGCAAAGUUUUCCCGUUGCCCAAUUAAGUUUUUUUUUGAAGACCUCUCUUUUUAAGCAGCUUACUUGUAUCCAAUGUCACACCAGCCUUGAUUGUUCAUGUGAUGUUUCUGGGCAAUCCUGGCUUGAGCAGAACAUGUAGACUGUGAGGAACAAAAUGCCCCCGCAGUGUGGUGGAUGAUCACAAAUUUGACUGGUCUGGGUAAACGAUUGCUGCUGCAUUUGGCAGCCUUCCCUCCCCAUGCUGACUUGGAUAAUAUGGUGGGACAUCCUUGUAAAAAUGGAGAGAAAUGGAGAGUUCAGUGCCAGAUACCUAGGUUAUUUAGUACAUGGGUGGAACUGCAGGUUUAUACCCCGCACUAAAAUGUAAUUUUUCGCUGUAUGUUCCUCCACCCUUAUUGAGCCUCUACGCUUAACCCCACUUUCCUCCUUGUGUGUCUUAAAACACCAACUACCCCUUGCUUUUUGCUCCUCCCUCCCGCCUGUGACCCGGGGAGGAGUACCGACUCUCCCAAUUGUACGCUACUAUAGAGAACCACAAAGAGAUGUUUCUCAUAGUGUAUAGUGUAUUUUUAACCUGUGUCCUGUUUGCCUGGUUAACGCCCAAAUUCACAGUGUUUUGUUUAACUCCCAGUCCUAUCUACUAAACUGUGAUGUAUUUAAAGCACUUACCAUGCGUUAUGGCACAGAAAGCCAACAGAAGGAUAACGAGUUUCAUGGUUUAGUUUUCAGAUAACACAUCAGAUACCUGGAAUCAAAAUUAAUUCACAGGUCAAAAAUGCUUUGUUAGGAGUGUUUGUGCUUCACAUGUGCUGUCAAAUAUGUACACAGACUACUCCCAUAAACCCAUUUAAGACCAAAAAAAGACAUCAGGAAGAAGUUAUAGGAGAGCCCAUUAUAAAACUUUAGAUUUUAGUAGAGGGUACAGGGCAGUGUGUGAAUACUCUGCAGAUUUUACAAUGGACUCAGGGCUGCAUUUCCCAUAAGACAACCAGUGUAGGGGGUUUGCAGUCUACAUCCCAGGAGGGUACAAACUACAUGUAUUGCUCCUGUGAAUGUUGCCACAGGAUUCCAUGGCAAUUCUUGGCCAGAAAGAUAUAGUGGUCUGCAGAGCAGAAGAUGCACCCACUGGACCACCAGGGUUUAGUAUUCACCCCUCCAUGGCCUAAGGCAAGCAAGAGGGAGGGGGAAUAAACUGAAUUUUUUACAUUUCCCCAAUGCACAGAACAGCCCUUCCAACUCACAACAGCUACUAUUACACUACAGCCCAUGUCAUCCAACCAACACGUUAUAAACCCCAAACCCCAUCCAACACUCACACAACUGUCACUAUCACCCCCCCACACACACACUAAAGCCCCUAUUCUCCAUGCACAUAUAUACUACAACUCCUUUUCUCCCACACGUAUAUCAUAAAGCCCUAAUCCCCCCUCAUAACACAAUACAGUCCUUAUUCCCCCAUAGCUCUUACAGCCCCUACAGCCCAAAACAAUCCUUACAGACCCCAUCGCCCAAAACAUACCCUACAUCCUCCAUUUCCGAAACAUACCCCAUACCCUACAGUCUCUAUCUAACCCAUAACUACAACCCUAUCCCUCCCAAACACACCCUACAGCCCCCAUUUCCCAAAACAAAAUCUACAGACCCCUUCCUCCCACACAUCCUAGAGCUCCCAUCCCCCAAACAUGCCAUACAGACCCCAUCCUCCCACACAUUCUAAAGCUCCCAUCCCCCAAACAUGCCAUACAGCCCCCAUUUCCCAAAACAAACUCUACAGACCCCAUCCUCCCACACAUUCUAAAGCUCCCAUCCCCCAAACAUGCCGUACAGCUCCUAUCUCUCCAAAACACACCAUAUGGUAAGUAUCCCCCCACAUCCUACAGCCCCCAUCCCCAUAAACACACACUCUAG